AUCCACAAUGUCAACACAGGCACCAACAUUUACACAGCCUCUGCAAAGCGGUGUGGCACUAGAGGGUAGUGCUGCAACGUUUGAGGCUCAAGUUAGUGGUAAUCCAGUUCCUGAGGUGAGCUGGCUCCGUGAUGGCCAGGUUCUUUCCGCUGCCGCUCUGCCCGGCGCACAGAUCUCGUUCAGCGAUGGCCGCGCUGUUCUGAUGAUCCCUGCUGUGACAGCCGCACACAGUGGAAGAUUUUCUGUCAGAGCCACCAAUGGUACUGGACAAGCCACUAGCACCGCUGAACUUCUUGUUACAGCGGAGACCGCGCAGCCCAACUUUAUUCAGAAACUUCAGAGUAUGACCGUGAGACAAGGAAGCCAAGUGAGACUGGAUGUUCGAGUUGCAGGAAUCCCUACACCUGUGGUAAAGUUCUACAGAGAGGGAGCUGAGAUACAGAGCUCUGCUGACUUUCAGAUUGUUCAAGAAGGAGACCUUUACAGGUUGUUGAUUGCCGAAACCUUCCCAGAGGAUUCUGGAACUUACUCUGUAAAUGCUUCAAACAGCAGUGGACGGGCUACCUCCACUGCUGAACUGCUGGUUCAAGGGGAAGAAGCUGUGCCUGCCAAGAAGUCCAAAACUGUUGUGUCAGCCUCCUCUCAGACCAGAGUUGAGACAAGGAGUAUGGAGGCUCAUUUUGAAUCCUCAUCCUCAUCCAUGCAAAUGCGUGUUGAAGGUGGUGUAGUGAGCCACCAAGCACAUAUGACCCCACCACGUGUGCCUCCAAAGCCAACCUCAACCUCCAAGUCCCCAACACCACCAUCUCUUGCAGCCAGAGUUGCAGGCGGACGUCAUCAGUCACCAUCACCUGUGAGACAUGUCAAGGUGCCCACUCCGGACCCUUUUAGGCUUGUAUCCCCCUCAUCAAGACUGUCUGUGUCACCAAUCAGACCAGUUAAAUCCCCACUGACCACACGCAAAAAGGUAGCCCAUGGUCCUGAUGUCCCCCCGCCAUGGAAGCAGGGAGACUUGGUGGAAGGUUCCAGCAGCUAUUCCAGCAGCAUGACUUCUAGUGCCACCCAUGCCCAGGCUUCCAUGUCUGCCACCCAUGUUCACAUGGAGCAGCACUGGGAGGGCUCUUAUGGAUCGCAAACGACUGGUGCCGCUGUAUCUGGUGUCGCUGUGAAAGAGAUACGAAGAAGUACAGAAACUACUAUCGCCCACGUGGAUGCUGCUCCUGCACCAUCCCCAAUUCUACAUUUCACAGUUUCAAAAGUUACUGUUCCUAAACCUGACCCUAGCUAUGAGAUUGUUGAGACUGCAGCAGUCCCAUCCCAUGCAGAAGAACCAGUUAUGCCACCUACUCUUGUAGCUGGCUUGAAGAACGUGACUGUGACUGAGGGUGAAUCUGUGACUCUGGAAUGUCAGAUCACUGGUCACCCUGCCCCUGGCAUCAUGUGGUUCAGAGAGGACUACAGAAUUGAGAGCUCCAUUGACUUCCAGAUCACUUAUGAGAGUAAAUGUGCCCGUCUGGUCAUCCGCGAGGCCUUUGCAGAAGACAGCGGUCGCUUCACUUGCACUGCUACUAGCGAGGCUGGAACCAUCAGUACAUCCUGCUACCUGCUUGUCAAAGUAACUGAGGAGAUUGAGACCAGGGAAGAGAUGACACAAGGGCUGACACAGCAGGAAACGAUGACACAGCAGAGAACUGUCACUGUGUUUGACUUUACAACUAAAGAGAAACACUUUGCUGUUGAAGCAAAUGAGGAGACCAUGUCAGAGGUAAAUGUCACCACCGCAGAUUCACCAGUAGAUACUGCAGAUGCUGUCGCUCCCUUCUUUGUCAAGAAGCCAACUGUACAGAAGUUGGUGGAGGGCGGAAGAGUUGUCUUUGAGUGCCAGAUCGGAGGCAGCCCCAAGCCCCACAUUAUCUGGAAGAAGACUGGAGUGCCCCUUACUACAGGAUACAGAUAUAAAGUGCACUACAAUAAGGAGAGUGGAGUGUGUAAAUUGGAGAUCUCCAUGACGUUUGCUGAUGAUGCUGGAGAGUACUCCAUCUUUGCCAGGAACCAGCUUGGAGAGGAGUCUGCCUCAGCCAGUCUACUGGAGGAAGGGGAAUAUGAUGUAUACAUGAAGAAACAUGAAAUUACCUAUAAUACUGAAGUGACUACGGUGCAGGCGGAUGUUUCCCCUGUUGUUGUGAGCGAAUAUGACGAGGACCAGAAGUACAUCCAGAGAAUGGCACAGAUGCAAAGCUUUGUUAGAACGCAGGAAUUCCAGAUUUCUUCAUUUGAGGAGAGGAUUAUCCACGAGAUUGAGAUCCGCAUCUUGCAGAUUACCUACCAACAAAUUGUGACUGAGGAUCGGGAAGAGAUGGUGACUGUGGCAGACCAUGAGGCUGUACAGUCAGCCUUUAGUACUCCAGUUAAAAACUACAGGAUCAUGGAAGGAAUGGGUGUUACUUUCCACUGCAAAAUGUCAGGAACUCCACUACCCAAGAUCGUAUGGUACAAAGAUGGCAAGCGUAUCUAUCAUGGGGGCCGUUACCAGAUGGAGAGUCUUCAUGAUGGUAGAGCCAGCCUGCGUCUUCCUGUGGUGCUGCCAGAGGAUGAAGGUGUUUACACAGCAUUUGCCAGCAACAUGAGGGGAAAUUCUGUGAGCUCUGGGAAACUGUAUGUGGAGCCCACUGCCAUUGCAGUAGCUCAGCGUUACACGCCUGAACCUCAGGCAAUGCAGAGAAUUAGGUCUCAGUCCCCAAGAUCUCUGAGUCACUCUCCCGGACGCUCUACUAGUCGCUCUCCCGGUCGCUCUCCCAGACGCUCUACUAGUCGCUCUCCCAGACGCUCUCCUGCAAGCAGGCUUGAUGACACUGAUGAGAGUCAGCUGGAGAGACUGUACAAGCCUGUGUUUGUCUUGAAGCCACAGUCAUUCAAGUGUGCUGAAGGGCAGACUGCCAGAUUUGACCUGAAAGUAGUUGGUAGACCCAUGCCUGACACUUUCUGGUUCCACAAUGGACAACAAGUUGUCAAUGAUUACACCCACAAGAUAGUGGUGAAGGAAGAUGGAACUCAGUCACUGAUUGUGGUUCCAGCCAUGCCCCAUGACUCUGGAGAAUGGACGGUAGUUGCUCAAAACAGAGCUGGAAAAAGCUCUGUGUCCAUAACACUUACAGUUGAUGCCAAAGAGAACCUGGUCAGACCCCAGUUUAUUGAGAAGCUGAAGAACAUCAGUGUCAAGAAAGGCACUCUGGUUGAGUUGGCUGUCAAAGCCAUCGGAAACCCCCUGCCUGACAUUGUUUGGCUGAAAAACAGUGACAUCAUCUCCCCACAGAAGCACCCAAAUAUUAAGAUUGAGGGCCUCAAGGGACAAGCCAAAUUCUAUAUCCCACAAUCUGUGAGUUCUGAUAGUGCCUGGUACACAGCCACAGCCAUUAACAAAGCUGGACGAGAUACCACUCGCUGCAGGGUCAACAUUGAGAUGGAUGUUGCUGCACCUGAACCGGAGAGGAGACUCAUUAUCACCAAGGGAACCUACAAGGCCAAGGAAAUUGCAGCUCCAGAGUUGGAAUCCCUGCAUCUCCGUUAUGGCCAAGAGCAGUGGGAGGAGGCUGACCUAUAUGACAAGGUCAAGCAGCAGAAACCGCAGUUUAAGAAGAAGCUGACUUCCGUCAGGCUGAAGCAUUCUGGUGUUGUCCACUUUGAAUGCAGACUGACCCCUAUUGGUGAUCCCACUAUGGUGGUUGAGUGGUUGCAUGAUGGCAAACCCCUGGCAGCUGCUAACAGGUUGCGUAUGGUUAAUGAAUUUGGCUACUGUAGUCUUGACUUUGAAGUUGCCUAUGCCAGAGACAGUGGUGUUAUCACCUGCAGAGCCACUAACAAAUUUGGAGUUGACCAGACCUCAGCUACACUCAUUGUAAAGGAUGAGAAGAGCCUUGUUGAGGAGGGCAGGAGGGAAAUAUACAGAAUUGAUGAGAUGGAGCGCAUGGCUCACGAAGGAGGUCCUUCUGGAGUCACUGCAGAUGAGUAUUCAGAGAAGUCAAAGCCUGAAAUUGUCCUUCUUCCCGAGCCAGCAAGAGUGUUGGAAGGUGACAUUGCAAGAUUCCGUUGCAGAGUGAUUGGUUAUCCUACACCUAAGGUCAACUGGUACCUCAAUGGGCAGCUAAUUCGCAAGAGCAAGAGAAUGAGACUUCGCUAUGAUGGCAUUUACUAUCUUGAGAUUAUCGAUAUCAAGUUAUAUGAUGCAGGAUAUGUCAAAGUGGUAGCAGAGAACCCUGAGGGCACAGCUGAGCAUAUGGUGAUGAUAGAGAUCACACAGAAAGAGGACUUCAGAUCUAUUCUCCGUCGCAUUCCUGAACCAAAGGCACAUGACACUACUGAACAUGGAAGAAUUAGCUUUGAAGUUGUGAAGGUUGAUAGACCUGCUGAUGCCCAGCCUAAGGAAGUUGUCAAACUGAGGAAGACUGAAAGAGUCAUUCAUGAGAAGUCCACAGAGGAGACAGAUGAGUUGAAGAGUAAAUUUAAGCGCAGGACAGAGGAAGGUUAUUAUGAAGCCAUCACUGCUGUGGAGCUCAAGUCCAGAAGAAAGGAUGAGUCCUAUGAGGAUAUGCUUAGGAAGAGGAAGGAAGAUCUGCUUCACCAUCAUAAACUGUUGUCUGAGGCUAAGAACAAGAAAGACUUGGAAGAGGGAAAACUCACCAUCCCCACAAUCAAACCAGAGAAAGUACAGCUCUCUCCCAGCAUGGAAGCUCCAAAGAUCUUGGAACGCAUUGCAAGCCAGACCGUGUCUCAGACUGAGGAAGUUCGCUUCAGAGUCAGAGUUGUUGGCAAACCGGAACCUGAGUGCCAGUGGUUCAAGAAUGGAAUCCUGCUGGAGAAGACAGAUCGUAUUUACUGGUUCUGGCCUGAAGACCACGUAUGUGAAUUAGUGGUCAGAAAUGUCACAGCAGAAGACUCUGCUAGCAUCAUGGUCAAAGCCAUGAACAUUGCUGGAGAGGCUUCAAGCCAGGCAUUCCUGCUGGUGCAAGUUAUUACCUUUGCUCAACAACUAGAGGAUGUGGAAGCUAAAGAGAAGGACACCAUGGUGACCUUUGAGUGUGAGACCAGUGAGCCUUUUAUCAAAGUCAAAUGGCUGAAGAACAAUGCAGAGAUUUUCUCUGGAGACAAAUACAGGAUGCACUCGGACAGAAAGGUUCAUUUCCUUUCUGUACUGAUUAUCAGCAUGAAGGACGAUGCAGAAUACAGUUGUGCUGUUAUUGAAGAUGACCACAUCAGGACCACUGCCAGACUCAAUGUGGAAGGUGCUUCACUGUCAAUUGUGAAGAGGCUGGAGAACAUUGAAGUGCCUGAGACCUACUCUGGGGAGUUUGAGGUAGAAUUGUCUCGAGAGGAUGCUGAAGGUACAUGGUACUUCAAUGACAAGGAAAUCACGCCCAGCAGCAAAUAUGUUACCUCCUACCGCCGUGGACGCCAUACCUUGUCUGUCAAAGACAUCAAGAAAGAAGAUCAGGGAAAAUAUACAUUCAAAAUUUACGAUAUGCAGACCAGUGCCUCCCUGAAGAUGAAACUGCGCCCUGUGACACUGAUGCAACCCCUCACUGACCUGACAAUCUGCGAGGGUGACAUUGCUCAAUUAGAAGUGCGAUUCUCUCAGGAAAACGUUGAGGGAACAUGGAUGAAGAAUGGCCUAGCAAUCUCCGCCACAGAUCGCAUCCACAUCGUUAUCGACAAACUGGUCCACAAGCUGCUUGUUGAAAACGUGAGCAGAGACGAUGCUGCGACAUACUCCUUCGUUGUCCCAGCUCAGGAUAUCUCCACCUCUGGGAAGUUGAACAUUCAAACGGUUGAAAUUUUGAGCCCACUCACUGAUGUUACCGCAGUUGAGGGCACCAAGGCUGUUAUUGAGACUAAAAUCUCUGCUGCUGAUGUUACCUCUGUGAAAUGGUUACACAAUGACAAGCUUGUGAUGCCCAGCGAGAGAAUCCAGAUGCUUGCAAAGGGAUCCAAACAGCACCUGGUAUUCCACAGGACCUUUGCCACUGAUGAAGGAACCUACAAGCUAUGUGUUGGCAAAGCUGACUCUAGCUGUAAACUGACUAUUGAAAAAAUUCAUAUCAUGAAGCAUAUGGAGGAUCAAGUUUGCACAGAGACCCAGAAUAUAACAUUUAAAGUCGAGGUUUCCCACCCUGGCAUUGCCGCUGUGUGGACAUUCAAGAAACAAGAACUCAAAGCUGGUCCAAAGCACAAGAUUGAGGCCAAGGGCAAGAAUUACAGUAUGACUGUCAUUAACACCAUGAAGGAUGAAGAGGGACAAUACACAUUCGCUGCUGGUGAACAAACAUCCAGUGCUAAGAUUACUGUGUCAGGUGGUGCCAUAAACAGACCACUCCAGGACGUGACUGUGGCUGAGUCUCAGACAGCUGAGCUGGAGUGUGACGUGGCCAACCCAACUGCUGAGGGCAAGUGGCUGAAGGAUGGACAACCUGUGGACUUCAGUGACAAUGUCAAACAUGUGAAAAAUGGAGCUGUCAGACGUCUUGUUAUUACCAUAACUAGACCCCAGGACAUCGGUGAAUACACUUACCAGGUUGCAAACUCCAAGACAACAGCCAUCCUGAGGGUUGAGUCUGUGAAAGUCAAGAAAACCCUGACGAACCAAACUGUCACUGAGACACAGGAGGCAGAGUUCAGUCUCGAGCUCAGCCACAAGAAUGUGAAGGACUCACAAUGGAUUAAGAAUGGUGUAGAGAUCCAACCUAGUGAGAAAUAUGAAAUCACAAAUGAUGGCAUGGUCCACACCUUGAAGAUCAAGAACUGCGACACACGUGAUGAAUCAGUUUAUGGAUUCAAACUUGGAAAACUAUCUGCUAAUGCCAGAUUGAACGUUGAGACAAUUAAAAUUGUUAAGAAGCCUAAAGAUGUGACAUCACUAUUGGAUGCCACUGCCUCUUUUGAGCUGAGCCUGUCUCAUGAUGACAUCCCUAUCAAAUGGAUGUUCAAUAACGUUGAGCUUAAACCAAGUGAAAACAUCAAAAUGCUGUCUGAGAGAAAAGCUCACAAGCUGAUCAUCCAGAAUGUGAAGACUAACAACCAUGGAGAGUACACUGCUGUAGUUGGAAACCUGCAAUGCAGUGCAUCUUUACAUGUUGAAGCUCUGCGUGUCACAAAACCCAUCAAGAACAUUGAAGUCCCAGAGACCCAGGUGGCCACUUUUGAAUGUGAAGUGUCACAUUUCAAUGUCCCAUCCACCUGGCUGAAGAAUGGAGUGGAGAUUGAAAUGAGUGAGAAGUUCAGGAUUGUGGUGCAGGGCAAACUUCACCAGCUCAAGAUCAUGAACACUGGCAGUGAAGACUCUGCAGAAUACACCUUUGUCUGUGGAAAUGACAGAGUCUUUGCCACUUUGACUAUCCAUGCCAUUUUGAUCACCAACAUGCUGAAAGAUCUCAGUGCACAGGAGAAAGACACCAUCACAUUCGAAGUGAAUGUCAACUAUGAGGGCAUCACCUACAAGUGGCUGAAGAAUGGUGUUGAGAUUCGCUCCACUGACAGAUGCCAGAGCAGCACCAAACAGCUAACUCACUCUCUCACCAUCCGAAAUGUUCAUUUUGGUGAUGGUGCAGAGUACAAGUUUGUGGCUGGUUCUGCUGCGUCAUCAGCAAAGCUUCAUGUUGAUGCUCGCAUUAUUGAAUUCACCAAGCAUAUCAAAGAUAUCAAGACCACAGAGAAGAACAGGGCCACUUUUGAAUGUGAGAUCUCUGAGCCUAAUGUUCAGGUGACGUGGAUGAAAGAUGGACAGGAACUGGACAUUUUCGAAAGAUACACUGUAUCCACUGAGGAAUUCCUGCACCGUCUAAUGAUCCAGUCAGUCUGCAUGUCUGAUGCCGGAGGGUACUCUGUAAUCGCUGGUGCAAGCAUGUCAAAGGCUCAUCUCACCGUGGAGGGCAAAGAUGUCUGCAUUACAGAACCUGCUGAGAAGAAAAUGACGGUUGUUGAGAAACAAAGAACAACGUUCGAGUUUGAAGUCAAUAAGGAUGACAUUGAAGGUCGCUGGCUGAGGAACGGCAUUGAGCUCCAGUUUUCCGUUGACCAGAGGUUCAGCUAUGCAUGCAUUAGAAAGCUCCAUCGUCUGACCAUUACUGAGACCUGCAGAAGUGAUGCAGGAGAAUACACCUUCAUCGCCGGCAGGAACAGGAGGGUGGUGACACUUCAUGUCAACAUCCCUGAGCCACCUCAGAUCAUUAACCACAUGCAGCCCCUGUCUGUGGAGUCCGGCAAACCUGCUCGCUUCUCUGUGGAAGUGACUGGCGUCCCCCAGCCCCAGGUGUUCUGGUACAAGAACUCCCAGGCUCUCUCCCCUGGCUUCAAGUGCAAGUUCCUGCGUGAAGGAAAUGAGCACUGUCUGCUGCUCAUUGAAGUGUUCCCAGAGGACGCGGCGGUCUACAAUUGUGAGGUCAAGAAUGAGGGUGGUGUUGCCACCAGUUCAGCUGCACUGAAUGUCGAAGUAACCAAUAUGAAGGAAGAGAUUGAAGCAACCAUUGAGCAAGAAGUCAAAGUGCCACCUGUUUUCAGGUACAAAAUCAUUCCCCUGGAGAUCAAUGUUGGCAGCGGAGCCAAGUUCGAAUGUGAAAUUGAAGAUGCACCAAAUGUGAACUUCAAAUGGUUCAAGUCUGGCACUUCGAUCAAAGAGAGUGCAAAUUGCUGCAUCCUCAGUCAGCAACUGACAUCUUCAUUGGAGCUCCUGAGCCCAACCAAAGCUGACAGUGGUGAAUACACCUGCAAGGCUACAAACCAGCAUGGCAGUGACACCUGUGCUGCCAUACUGACAGUGAUUGAACCCGCUAAAGUUGUGGAGAGACCAGAGUCUUUCAGCGUGACUGCAGGUGAUAUUGCAGCUCUAGAAGUCAAAGUGUCGGGGACACCAGAGCUGAAACCAAAAUGGUUUAAGGAUGGAGUCGAGCUUUCCUCUGGCCAGAAGUACAACAUCUCCUUCUCAAAGAUGAUCUCCAGCUUGAAAGUGUUGUCUGCAGAGAGGAUUGAUAUGGGAGAAUAUACAUUUGAGGUCAAAAAUGAGGUUGGCAGUGAUCUCACCAAAUUAAACCUCACUGUCCUAGAUAAAACCAUACCUCCAACAUUCACACGGAAACUGAAGGAAUCUCAACCUAUUGUUGGAAAAGCUGGAGAAAUGGACUGCAAAGUCUCUGGUUCUGCACCUUUCACCAUUACCUGGUACCAUGAUGAAGAGGAGAUCAAAACUGGACCAAAUUAUGAGAUUGCAUUCAGUGACAACACCUGCACACUUAAAGUGCCCACUCUUAAGUGGUCUGACUCUGGAGUGUAUAAAUGCAAAGCCGUAAACAAGGCCGGAACCAAUGAGACCAGUGCCUCUUUCAUUGUGAAAGAACCUCCUUCUUUUGUGAUGCCACCUCAGCCAUUGGAAGCAAUGCCUGGCACAAAUGUAACUUUCUCAGCAAUUGUCAAAGGAAGUGCCCCACUGAAACUGAAAUGGUUCAGAGGCACAAAGGAAAUUGUGUCUGGAAAAGGCUGUGAAAUUGCUCUACGGGACAAUACAGCUACUCUGGAGCUAUCCAAAAUUGACAAAUUCCACGCUGGAGAGUAUACAUGCCAGAUUAUUAAUGAUGCUGGGAAGGAAAGUUUCCUAGUUAACCUGUCUGUAAAAGAACCUGCUAGCUUUGUUAAGAAGCUGAACGACCACUCUGUUGAAAAGGGAAAAUCAUUGAUACUUGAGUGCACAUACACUGGAACCCCAAAGAUAUUUGUCACCUGGUAUAAGGACGGCAAACAGCUAUAUGCCUCUUAUAAGCACCACGUCACUACCACAGAGACCUCCUGCAUCUUGGAGUGUCUAAACAGUGACGAUAAGGAAGCAAGUGGGGAAUACGCUUGUGAAGUUUCCAAUGAUGCUGGAAAGGAUACCUGCAAAGCACAAGUGUCCAUUUUAGAACCACCUCAUUUCAUUGAUCAUUUGGAGACAAUGGAAGUUACUGCUGGUGAUGCAGUUUGUUUGAAAUGCCAUGUUGGAGGAACCCCUGAAAUUAAGGUGGCUUGGUUUAAGGCCGACGGAAAAGUGAGGUCCUCCCCUACUUGCAAAAUAGAGUAUUCCAAAGGCAUUGCUUGCUUGAAAUUGAGCAAAGCAGCCGAGGCUGAUAUUGGUGAAUACACAUGCAAAGCUGAAAACAGAAUAGGAUCAGCCUCAUCCAGCUGUCGUCUCUCUGUCCAAGAGGCAAAAACGCCACCUACCUUCCCCAAGAAAAUAACCAGCAUUCAACAGACUGAAGGAAUGGAAGUCAAAUUUGAGUGCCGCGUGGCAGGCUCCUCGCCCAUUGAGGUCUCUUGGCUUAAAGACGGUGAAACUGUGAAAUCCAACGACUAUACCAUGAGUUAUGAUGAUAACACUGCUGUCCUACAAAUAUCCAGAGGUGAAAUGAGACACUCUGGGGAAUACACUUGUGUUGCUACCAACAGUGUUGGGACUGCAUCCUGCAGAGCCAAACUCACUCUUAAAGAGCCAAGAUAUCCCCCUGUCUUUGAUAAAAAGCUGUCACCCGUGGUGGACGUUUCAGUGGGUGAUAGUGUGGAAUUGAAAUGCCACAUGACUGGAUCUUUGCCAUUAAAAGUCACUUGGUCAAAAGAUCACAAAGAUAUUCGAACAGGGGGAAAUUACAAGAUGUCCUGUGUGGAUAACACCCCACACCUCACUAUAUUGAAAGCAGAUACAUCAAAUUAUGGCUGCUACUUUUGCCAUGCCACUAAUGACAUUGGAAAGGACUCUUGUUCCACUGAAAUUACUGUCAAAGAGCGCAAAAUCCCACCUUCAUUCACCAAAAAGCCCACAGAGACCCUAGAGGAAACGGAGGGCAAGAUGGUGAAAAUUGAGGCACGUUUGUCUGGAUCUCAGCCAAUGACCAUUAAUUGGUAUAAAGAUGACAGUGAGAUUCACAGCUCUGAUCACUAUGACAUGUCUUUCAAGAGCAACGUGGCUGUGUUGUGUAUCAAGAGCUCCAAAGUCUCAGACUGUGGGAGGUAUACCGGCACAGCCACCAAUGAAGCAGGCACUGCCUCUUGCAAAUUGACAGUUACCAUAACUGAACACAAGAAGCCCCCUACAUUUGACCCCGCUCUCAAACCUGUCACGCUGACCGAGGGUGAGAACCUGCACCUUAGCUGCCAUGUCCAUGGAUCCCCUUCUAUGACAAUUCAGUGGAUGAAGGACAGGAAAGACUUGAAAAACAAGUCCAGCAGUAAAAUAAGUUUUGCCGAUGGUGUUGCCUCUUUGGAGGUCAUGCGUGUAUCAAAGAAUGAUGCAGGGGACUAUCUCUGCAAGGCAACCAAUGAGGCUGGUAGUGAAUUUUGCAAGGCCAAAGUGACUAUCAAAGCAGAGAAAUCCAAAGCAGCACCUGAACCCGCUGAAGAGGAACCAACAGCAGCACCAGUAAAGAAACUGGACAACUUGUUCUUCAUCGAUGAGCCCAAGCCUUGCCAUGUAGCCGAGAAGGGCACUGCAACUUUCAUUGCCAAAGUUGGAGGUGAUCCUAUUCCUAAUGUGAAAUGGAUGAAGGGCAAGUGGAGGCAGAUCACUCAUGGUGGACGCAUCACUAUUGAGCAGAAGGGACAGGAGGCCAAGUUGGAGAUCAGAGAAGUAACAAAGUCUGACUCCGGACAGUACAGAUGUGUCGCAACUAACAAAGCUGGAGAAAUAGAAUGCAGCACUGACAUGCAUGUUGACGAAAGGAAAGAGGAUGCUGGAGUUGAGGGAGACUUCAGAGCAAAACUGAAGAAGACUCCAUCUAAACAGAAGAGUCCUCAGGAAGAGAAAGACAUUGACAUUGUAGAGUUGCUCAGAAAUGUGGACCCUAAGGAGUAUGAGAAAUACGCCCGUAUGUAUGGAAUCACUGACUACCGUGGACUUCUUCAGGCCAUUGAGCAGCUGAAGAGGGAGAAAGCAGAAGGAAGUGGAAGACCGGAACCGGAGAGAGAGAGAGAGUUGGAUGAGGAUUUGGUCGCUCUUGUGGCUGAUUUGCAAAAGAGAAUGGAAUGUACUGAGCCGGUCACCGUGAAUAAGGACAUAACAGAUCAGUCUACAGUCACCAACAAGGUCGCUACUUUUGAGUGUGACAUCAAGAUCAACUACCCUGAGAUCACCCUGUCCUGGUACAAGGGAACUCAGAAGCUUGACAACAAUGACAAAUAUGAAAUCAACAUUGUUGGUGACCGUCACAUCUUGAAGGUCAAGCAGUGUCAAACCAAAGACCAGGGAAACUACCGUGUUGUAUGUGGCCCACAUAUCUCCAGCGCCAAACUGACUGUUAUCUAUGCUGAGGUUGAGAAACAUCUGGAGGAAGUUGCGGGACAGGAGGGCCAAACAUGUACUCUGUCUUGUCAGUUUUCUAUCCCUAAUGUCAAAACCCAAUGGUUUAAGAAUGGAAAGCUCUUAGAAAUGAAACGCAGAUACUCGUAUGAGGUGGUCAACAACAUUCAGAGGCUCUCGAUUAAAGACCUCAGACCAGAAGACCAAGGACGUUAUACCUGCAAAUAUGAAAACCUCGAAUCAACUGCAGAUCUUUUGGUUGAAGGUUUGUAUAGAUUUAACCAUGGAAUGGGUUGAUGUUGCAUCUACCUUCAUAAUCUUAUAAAUACUAUUAUGAAUGAAUACUAUUAUGAAGAAGAGAUGCAAAGGAGAGAGUUGGAAAUGAGAGCCCAGAGAGUACCUGUUGAGGAGGAGUCUGUCCAGAGUAAGAAGGUUGGAAUGAGGGAGGAAAUGCCACAAAAAGUGUCUGAAGCUCACAAGAAACCAGAGGAGAAGGCUAAACCAGCUGAGGCAGCAGAACCACAUAAAGUUCCUGAAGCCAAAAAGCCAGUGGAGGAGAAGAUAACUGCAAACGUUGUCCCAGAGAAACACCCCUCUCCAAAAGAAGAACAUGAAGAAGCAAAGAAGCCUGCCCAUAAGCCAGCUGAGAAACCUGAACAGGUUCCACUAAAGAAAGAUGUGCCUCAAGCUGCACCCCAUGUUGCUGAACCAAAACCAGAGCCUGAAGUUUCACCUGCGACUAAGGUUGAACCUGAAACGAAGCGUGCGCCUAUAAGGAAACCAGAGAGUCCACCAACCAAAGUUCCUGAGGAGGUUAAGAAACCAGAGACUUCAAAGCCAGAACCAGGAAAGCCGACAGCAAUUACAAAGCCAGAGACCGCCUCUACUCGUGCUCCAAAGGAGCCAGAGACCCCUACUCCUGCUGCAAUGAAGGUCCCAUCACCGCAAGUGCCAGAAGCACUAAAAAGGCAGGAGGUAACUCCGCAGCAACCAGCUACCAUCCUUCUAAAAGUGGACAGAGAGGACAUAGAGCCUCAAAUACAACCUGUGCCAGAACAAGUUCACGUGGAGGAAAGAAAACCAGAACCUCCAAAGGCUGUCAGAAAGCCUGAAUCAGUUAUUGUGACUCCAAAAGAGGAUACACCGCAAAAAGGUGAAGGCAAGCAGGCACCAGGACCAGCUAAGAAAGAUGGAAAGCCAGCAGAAGAAGCAGGUGCAGGUAGAGGUGCAGGCAGAGGCAGAGGCCUCAAAGCAGGCAAAACUCCAUCCCCUGGUGAAGGCAGGGGUAGAGGACUGAAACCCGGUGGUGGUGGAGGAGACAAACCCCCAGAUGCUAAUCCUUUUGGAUUCCAGCUCAAAGCAGUUCCACUGAAGUUUACGAAACCACUCAAAGACAUAGUGUUACAAGAAGGUGAUGCUGUUGGUGCAUCUGCUACGUUUGAGUGUGAAGUUUCACCUUCUACUGCUGUAACUACAUGGAUGAAAGAUGGCAGCAACCUAAGAGAGAGUCCAAAACACAAAUUCACCUCUGAUGGCAAAGAUCGCAGACUGGCCAUUAUUGACGUCCAACUGGUGGACACUGGAGAGUACACUUGUGUUGCCAAGCUGGGCAACAAGGAAAAGACAACAACUGCCAAACUCAUUGUUGAAGAACUGCCCGUGAAGUGGGUGAAAGAGCUGGGUGAGGAGACGUCGGUCCUGAAGGGGCAGCCUAUGUACCUGACCUGUGAGUUGAACAAGGAGAGAGAAGUGACCUGGAUGAAGAGUGGUAAAGUCCUCAAAGUAAUCGCUGGAAAGGUGGCCAUCAACGUUAUUGGAAUGCAACAAGCCGUUACGAUCCAGAACAUGGGAGAUGACGACGCUGGAAUCUACGCAUGCGAGUGUGAACUCAUCAGGACUAAAACAACUGUCAAAAUCAUUGAAAUUGUCAGAGACUGGUUGGUGAAACCAUUGAAAGAUCAGCAUGUGAAACCCAAGGCCACUGCCACUUUCAAAUGUGAGCUCUUCAAAGAAACCCCCAACUGGAAGUUUUUCAAAGGCAACGAUGAGAUUCCUAAUGAUCCUACUGACAAGACUGAGGUCAAGAAAGAAGGCAAAGUCCUGACUCUCACAAUAAAGAAUGCACAGCCCGAAGAUAUUGCAGAAUAUACCAUGGAGGUUGAAGGCCACAGAUACACAGCUAACCUAACUCUUGGAGAACGUGAAGCUGAGAUCUUGAAACCUCUCUCCAGUUGUGAGGUGGUCGAGAAAGAGGAUGUUACAUUUGAAACGGAGAUAUCUGAAGAGGAUGUGCCUGGAGAAUGGAAACAUAGAGGGCAGGUCUUAACAAGAUCGCCGACAUGUGAGAUCAAAAUGGAGGGCAAUAAACGUUUCCUCACUCUGAAAAGUGUUCCACUGGACGCGUCUGGUGAAGUGUCUUACACAGCUCUGAAUGCUGUCACUAGUGCUGUGCUCACAGUCAAGGAGGGAAAGCCUUACUUCACGACAAAACUGCACGACUACUCAGUCACUGAGAAAGAUGAACUGACGAUGAUUUGUGAACUGAGCAAGCCCAAUGCAGAGGUGAAAUGGUUCAAAGGUGACCAGCAAAUCACUUCCUCCAAGAACGUGGUCAUCAAAGCCGAUGGAAAGAGGCGUAUGCUGAUCAUUAAGAAGACAGAGAAAGCCGACAUUGGAGAAUACAGCUGUGAUUGUGAUACGGACAGAACCACGGCCAAGCUCAACAUUGAAGAUCGUGACAUUACGUUUGUCAGGCCCCUGUACAGCGUGGAAGUGACAGAAACUGAAAUCGCCAAGUUUGAGACUGAGAUCUCUGACGAGGAUGUCCAUGGUCACUGGAAGCUCAAUGGAGAGGCCCUUCAUCAGUCUCCUGACUGUGAGAUUAAGGAGGAGGGUACAAGGCAUGUCCUUAUCCUGUACAACGUUCGCAAGGAUCAGGCCGGAGAAGUUGACUUCCAAGCUGCCAAUGCUAAAUCCAAUGCUCAGCUUAGAGUUAAAGCGCGGGUAAUCGGCCUGCUGCAGCCUCUCAAGGAUGUUACUGUUACUGCUGGGGAGACCGCCACUUUCGACUGUGAACUGUCAUAUGAAGGAAUUGCUGUGGAAUGGUUCUUAGGGGGUACAAAGUUGGAGCCAAGUGACAGAGUGGUCACCCGAGCAGAAGACAAAACUCACACGCUGACUCUCAGAGAUGUCAAGAUUUCAGAAGAUGGAGAAAUUAAACUCACUGCAAAGGAUUUCCAGAUUGAGGCCAGACUACAUGUGAAUGAACCACCAGUUGAGUUCACCAAACCUCUGGAGGACCAGACAGUUGAGGAAGAGGCCACUGCUACAUUGGAGUGUGAAGUCUCCAGGGAAAACGCUGAGGUCAGUUGGUUCCAAGAUGGACAGGAGAUCCGCAAAACGAAGAAAUAUGACAUUGUUGCCGAUGGCCGCAUGAGAAAACUCAUCAUUCAUGGCUGCACUCUUGAUGAUUCAAAAACAUUUACCUGCGACGCCUCAGAAUUCAAAACCUCUUGCUUCCUUAACGUUGAACCUCCACAUGUUGAGUUCUCUAAGCCACUCCAUGAUGUUGAGGUCAAAGAAAAGGAAUCUGCCAGAUUUGAAUGCGAAGUAUCGCGCGAAAAUGCCAAGGUCCGUUGGUUGAAGGACAGCAGUGAAAUCAGAAAGGGAAAGAAAUAUGAAAUAAUCGCCAAAGGUCGCCAACACAUCCUCAUCAUCCACAAAUCAGUGUUCGAUGAUGAAGCAGAAUAUGAAUGUGAUGCAAAGGUCUCCAAAUCCUCCGGCAUGCUUACAGUCGUCGAGGAAGAAGCUACGUUCACCAGGAACCUGUCUAACGUGGAGGGAACAGAAGCAGACAGUGUGAAGAUGAUUUGUGACGUGUCGAAGGCAGACGCUGAUGUCAUGUGGUAUAAGGAAGACCAGGAACUUCCCGAGGGUGGAAGAUACGAUCAGAUCGUAGACGGCAGGAAGAGGAUACUUAUCAUCCAGGAUCUCAAAACAGAUGAUGCUGGAGAGUACUAUUGCAAACUGUCCAGCUCAAAGACAACUGGAAACCUGAAAAUAAAUGAAUUGGCUGCUGAGUUUAUCGCCAUGCCUCAGAGUCAGGAGGUGGUUGAGGGAGAAAAGGCUGAGUUUGUAUGCUCAGUCUCUAAAGACACAUUCAUUGUCAAAUGGAUGAAGGAUGAUAAGGAGCUAGAAAAAGGGGACAAGUAUGACAUUGUCUGUGAUGGCAAGAGAAGAAUACUUGUUAUCAAGAACUCUGAACCCAAGGAUGAGGGCGCCUAUGUUGCCCUCAUUGGCACCACCAGAGCUACAGCUGAUCUGUUUGUUCUUGAAAAACUCAGGAUCAACACACCAAUCAAAGACACAGAAGCCAAAGAGGGACAAGAGAUCAUCUUCAACUGUGAGGUGAACACUGAGGGAGCUAAAGCUAAGUGGCUGAAGAAUGAGGAGACCAUGUUUGAGAGCAGCAAGUUUGUCAUGAUCCAGAAAGACAACGUGUUCUCUCUGAGGAUCAAGGAUGCUGAGACGUCAGAUGAAGGAAACUAUACUAUUACAUUGACAAACCAACGUGGUGAACAUGCCAAGAGCUCUGGCAAACUUACAGUAAAAGAGGAGAGUCUGAAGAUCAUUGUACCUCUUGAGGACUGCGACACACAGGAGAAGAAGACUGUUAGCUUUUCUUGCAAGGUCAACAGGCAGAAGGUUACUCUGAAAUGGACAAAGGCUGGUCAGGAGAUCACCUUCAGCAAACGCAUAAUCUACAGGUUGGACCAAUAUAAGCACACACUGACCAUCAAGGACUGUACUCUUGCUGAUGAAGGUGAAUACACCGCCAUCGCUGGUGAUGACAAGUCUACAGCUGAGCUGAUCAUUAGUGAAGCCCCCACUGACUUCUCCGCACAACUCAAAGACCAGACCAUCCCCGAGUUUGAGAAUGCUGAGUUCACCUGCAAACUCACCAAGGAGAAGGCUGAGGUGAAAUGGUACAGGAAUGGACGUGAAAUAAGAGAAGGACCCAGGUACGUCUUUGAAAAAGAGGGCAAGACCUGCAGGCUGCGUAUCAAGGAGUGCAGACCAGAUGAUGAGUGUGAAUAUUCCUGUGGCGUAGAUGAAAAGAGAUCACACGCCCAUCUCUUCGUUGAAGAGAGUGCAGUUGAGAUCGUCAGACCACCAAAGGAUGUGUUUGAGCCUCCAGGCUCAGAUGUUGUAUAUGAAGUUGAACUGAACAAAGACAGAGUUGAGGUAAAAUGGUUGAGGAACAACAUGACCAUCGUCCAGGGUGACAAGUACCAGAUGAUGAGCGAGGGCAAGGUCCACAGACUCCAGGUAUGUGAGAUCAGGCCUCGUGACCAGGGAGAGUACAGAAUCAUCGCCAAAGACAAGGAUGCCAGAGCCAAAUUGGAACUGGCUGCUAAGCCAAAUAUCAAGACUAUGGAUCAGAGCUUAGUAACAGAUGCUGGAAAGCCCAUCGUCAUGUUCGUGCCCUACAGCGCGUAUCCUAAAGCUGAAGCUGAGUGGUUCUAUGAUAAUGUCAGCCUACCCAAGGACAACAUCCACACUGUUGGAGACAGGACAGAGUACAGGCUGAAGGACCCUAAGAAGUCCGACCAAGGACGUUACAAGGUUGUCAUCAAGAACAAACAUGGACAGGGAGAGGCAUUCAUUAAUCUGGAUGUCAUUGAUGUCCCUGGACCUGUGAAGAGUCUUCAAGUGCUUGACACCGCUGAUGGUGAGGUCAGUCUGGCCUGGGAAGAGCCAGAGAGCGACGGUGGCAGCAAGAUCAUUACAUACGUGGUGGAGAGGCGUGACGUCAAGCGCAAGACAUGGACUCUUGCUACUGACCGCUCUGACGCUCCAGAAUACACUGUGACUGGACUCCAGAGGGAAUCCAUGUACCUAUUUCGUGUUUCUGCUCGCAACAGAGUGGGCAGUGGACCAAAUAUUGAGACAGAGAAACCUGGUGUUUAUGCCAAGAACAAGUUUGAUGUUCCUGAUGCUCCUCAGGAUGUGAGUGUUGGAAACGUGAGUAAGUUUGGAGCCACAGUCUCCUGGGAAAAACCAGUGUCUGAUGGAGGGGCUGAGAUCACCUCCUACAUAAUUGAGUCCCGUGACAGGACCUCUGUGAAGUGGGCCGUGGCUAUGAUCAGUAAAGCAACAGACCGCAGUGCAAUCAUCAACGACGUCAUUGAGAACAAGGAAUACAUUUUCCGUGUCAAGGCUGAAAACAAGGCUGGCAUUGGAAAGCCAAGCGCUGCUACCAAUCCAGUUAAGAUCAUGGACCCCAUUGAGAGGCCAAGCCCACCACAGAACCUGGUGCCCUCAGAACAGAAUAAGAACUCAGUCCAGCUGACAUGGGAGACCCCAUUGAAGAAUGGAGGCAGCAUGAUCACUGGCUACAUCAUUGAGAGAUGUGAGGACGAAACAAACCAUUGGCUCAGAUGCAACGCCAGGCUUUGCCAGGAUCUCACCUACAAGAUAUCUGGCCUGAAAUAUGGCAAGAAAUACAACUACAGAGUGAUGUCUGAGAAUGCAGCUGGAGUGUCUGACCCAUCCAACACACUGGGACCCAUGCUGGCUGAUGAUACACAUGUUGGCCCCACAAUGGACCUGAGUGGAUUGAAGGAUGGCCUUGAGGUCAUUGUUCCCCAUCCCCUUACUAUCCGUGUCCCUAUCUCUGGAUAUCCCACACCACAUGCAAAGUGGAGCUUUGCUGAUAAGGAGCUCACUGCUGGUGAACGUGUUUACAUAAUUACAAAGAGUACCUAUGUAGAACUGACCGUCACUCCAAGUGUGCGUCCAGAUAGAGGUGUAUACGCUCUGACCCUGGAGAAUGAUAUUACCAGUUGCUCAGGAGAGAUUGAAGUCAAUGUUAUCGCAUCCCCAAGUGCACCCAAAGACUUUAAGGUUGCCGAGGUGACCAGACAGCAUGUGCACCUGAUGUGGGAGGCACCAGAGCAUGAUGGAGGAAGCCCUCUGACUGGGUACCUGAUUGAGAAACGUGACGUAUCCCGCAAGACCUGGGUCAAGGUGAUCACUGGUGUUCAAGACCAGGAGUUCACUGUCACUGAUGUUGUUGAGGGCAAAGAAUAUCUGUUCAGGGUUACUGCCUGCAACAAGUGUGGCCCAGGAGAGCCUGCCUACAUUGACGAGCCAGUUAAUGUGUCCUCCCCUGCCACUGUGCCAGACUCACCUGAGAAUCUGAAAUGGAGGGACAAGUCAGCAUCUGGCAUCUUUCUGACCUGGGAACCACCCAAGUGGGACGGCGGCACCGGAAUCAAGGGCUACAACAUAGAAAGAUGCCAGCGUGGCACAGACAACUGGGAAUCCUGCGGAGAUCAGGUCCCUGAGUUUAAAUUGCAAGUGACUGGUCUGAUUGAGGGACAGUGGUAUGCCUACCGCGUGAAGGCCUUGAACAGACUGGGUGCCAGCAAACCCUGCAAGGCUACAGAUGAGAUAUUGGCUGUUGAUCCUAAAGACCCCCCAGAGAUUCUUCUGGAUGUCAAGUGUCUUGCUGGACUGACCGUCAAAGCUGGAUCUAAGAUUGAGCUUCCAGCUGAUGUUCUUGGAAAACCCUUACCUAAAGUGAAAUGGACCAUGGGUGAUGUGGUCCUGAAGGGAGAUGAUAGAGUCUCUAUUGACGACAAGCCUGGUCACUCCGUCGUUACGAUCAGCAAGACAACGAGAGAGGAUACAGCUACCUACAUCAUUGAAGCCCACAACAGCUGUGGUCGUGCUACUGCAACCAUUGAUGUCAACAUUCUAGAUAAGCCUGGUCCUCCAGCUGCGUUUGAUAUCUCUGAGAUCACCAACAAGUCCUGUUUCCUGGCCUGGAACCCUCCCAGAGAUGAUGGAGGUGCAAAGGUCACCAACUACAUUGUGGAGAGGAGAGCCGCAGACAGCGAAAUCUGGCACAAGCUCUCCUCCACUGUCAAAGAGACUAACUACAAGGCUCUCAACCUUACGGCCUUCAAGGAGUACAUCUUCAGAGUGUUCGCUGAGAACCAGUUUGGUAUUGGUGUGCCAGCGGAACAUAUGCCAAUCAUUGCCAGAUACGCCUUCGAUUCUCCCGGUGCACCAACCAAGCUGGAGCCUUCUGAUAUUGUUAAAGAUGGCCUGACUCUGAAUUGGUAUGAGCCUGAAGAGGAUGGUGGCAGUCCUAUCACUGGAUACUGGGUUGAGAGGUUCGAACCAGAUCAGAACAGAUGGAUCAGAUGCAACAAGAUCCCAAUCACAGACACAACAUACAGAGUCAAAGGACUACCCACAAGGAAGAAGUAUAAGUUCAGAGUCAUGGCUGAGAAUCUUGCCGGACCUGGAAAAUCAAGCAAGGAAACUGACCAGAUAUUGGUCAAGGAUCCUAUUGAUCCUCCAUGGGCUCCUGGUAAGCCAAGCGUAAAAGACGUGGCAAAGACCUCUGCCUUCCUGCAGUGGACCAAGCCUGAGCACGAUGGUGGCGCCAAGAUCGAGGGCUACAUCAUUGAACUCCUGAAGAGUGGAACUGAGCAAUGGGUCCGUGUUUCAGAGGGAAUCAAUAUCCUGGAGCACUUCCUGAGAGGCCUGAUGGACAGACAGGAGUACUCCUUCAGGGUCAUUGCUGUCAACAUCGCUGGGGAGAGUGAUCCCAGCGAUCCUAGUGAUCCAGUUCUGUGCAAGGAGAGACUCAAUCCUCCUACACCCCCACGCUGGAUGAAUGUCAUCACCAUCACCAGGAACAGUGCUGAGCUGAAGUGGACAGUACCAGAGAAGGAUGGUGGUUCACCCAUCACCAACUACAUUGUUGAGAAGAGGGACGUCAGGCGUAAGGGCUGGCAGACAGUGGACACCACUGUGAAGGAGCUGAAGUACACGGUCACUCCACUGAAUGAGGGCUCCCUCUAUGUGUUCCGUGUGGCUGCUGAGAACGCUGUUGGACCCAGUGAAUUCUGUGAACUGGAAGACUCCAUUAUGGCUAAAGAUACUUAUACUACCCCUGGACCACCAUAUAAUCUCUCUGUCAAUGGCGUGUCAAAGAGACAUGUUGACCUGGAAUGGGACGCCCCCAAGAAUGAUGGUGGCAGACCAGUUCUGAGAUACUCCAUUGAGAAGAAGGAGAAACUUGGCACCCGCUGGGUAAAGUGUGGUAAGACCUCAGGGGAUGACUGCAAGUACAGAGUGACAGACGUCAUUGAAGGAACCGAGGUUCAGUUCCAGAUCCGCGCUGAGAAUGAGGCCGGUGCUGGACAUCCUAGUGAACCAACAGAAAUCAUUGCUAUUGAAGAUCCAACAGGUGCAUCCUCUCCUCCAAUUGAGCUUCAUCUCACUGAAGCCAGCAGAGACCAUUUGUGUAUUGCUUGGAGACCACCAGAGAGAACUGGUGGCAGUGCUGUAACUGGCUACCAUAUCGAGCUGUGUGAGGCUGGUACUGAGAAGUGGAUGAGAAUCAACUCUCGCCCAAUCAAGGAGCUCAAAUACAAAACAGAGGAGGGCAUCAUCCCAGAGAAACAAUAUGUCCUGAGAGUCCGUGCCAUCAACUCUGUUGGAGUUAGUGAGCCAUCUGAUAUCUCUGAGAAGGUCUAUGCCAAGGACCCUGACUGCAUCCCAACCCUUGAGUUUCAAACAAAGGACAUUGUGAUUGUUGAGGGAGAGAAGUGGCAUCUCCCCAUCCCAUUCAGAGCAGUGCCCAAACCCAAGAUCACCUGGCACAAAGACGGAAAGGAGCUGAAGGACGAUGAGAGAAGGAGCUUCAGACAGGAGUACCUCUCCUGUCACCUGGAGAUCGAGAGCUGUCUGCAUGCAGACUCUGGCCAGUACAAGGUCACCCUGGAAAACUCCCUCGGAGCUAGCAGCGGAACAAUUAAUGUUAAAGUUGUUGGCCUGCCCGGUCCCUGCAAAGACAUUGUUGCCAGUGAAAUCACCAAGAGUUCUUGCAAGGUUUCCUGGGAUCCUCCCAACUAUGAUGGUGGCAGCCCUGUUCUCCACUAUGUGCUACAGCGCAGAGAGGCAGGCCGGAGGACCUUUGUCAACAUGAUGUCUGGAGAGAACAAGGUCAGCUGGCCUGUCAAGGAUCUGAUCCCCAAUGGAGAGUACUACUUCCAGGUCAAAGCUGUCAACAAGAUUGGUGGUGGGGAGUAUCUUGAGCUCCGCAACCCUGUGAUUGCAGAGGAUCAGAAGCAGAGCCCUGACCCUCCAUUGGAUGUUGAGACCCACAACCCUACUUCCAAGACUAUCACCCUCACAUGGAAACCUCCUAUGUAUGACGGGGGUUGCAAGAUUAUGGGCUACGUUCUGGAGAAGAUGAUGAAGGGUGAUGAGAACUUCACAAGAUGCAACGACUUCCUUGUGCCUGUGCUGUCCUACACAGUGAGGAAUCUCAGGGAGGGAAAACAAUACCAGUUCCGUGUACGAGCUGAGAACGCUGCCGGAGUCAGCGACCCAUCACACAGCACACCAAUGGUGAAGGCUUCUGAUGCUGUCGAAACACCCAAGGUGUUCCUCAGUGGAAGCCUGCAGUCCGGUAUGAGCAUCAAGAGAGGUGCUCAGAUCAGACUGGACGCCAACAUCUCUGGAUCCCCAUACCCUCAAAUCACAUGGUACAGGAACGACGUCGUCAUUAGACCAGAAGCCAUGAAGAAGAGACCAGAAAAACCCAUUGUUAAGAAGAAGAAGGAGGAAAAGAAGGAAGUGAAGGAAGGAGAAAAGAAGGAAGGAGAAGUAAAGGAGGGUGAAAAGAAGGAGGUGAAAGAUGAAGAAAAGAAGGAAGUCAAGGAGGGAGAGGUUGAGGUCCCAGCUACUGAGGCCCCAGCUGCAGAGCCUGCCCAUGAGGAGCCUGAGGAGGAGGAACUCCCUGACUACCCAACCCUCCAGGAACGUCUCACCAUCCAUGACAAGAAGAGGGGAGAAUCCUCUUGCAUUGUCAGGGACACCAUCAGGGGUGACCACGGAGUGUACACUAUCAAGGUUGAGAACGACCAUGGUAUUGCCUCUGCAACUUGUGAAGUCAAUGUGCUAGAUGCACCUGGACCUGCAAUCAACUUCCGGUUUGAGGAGAUCAGGAAGACCUCUGUCAUCUGCAAGUGGGAUCCUCCCAUGGAUGAUGGUGGCAGUGAGAUCCUGAACUACACCUUGGAAAAAAAGGACAACUCCAAGGUGGAGAUCGGAUGGAUCACCGUAACCUCAACGCUCAGGGGAUGUAGAUACCCCGUGACCAAACUGAUAGAGAAGAAGGAGUACAUCUUCCGGGUCACUGCUGAGAACAAGUUUGGUCCUGGACCACCAUGUAUUUCUAAGCCACUUAUUGCCAAGAAUCCAUUCGACCCACCAGAGGCUCCUGAGAAGCCUGAGAUUGAUGGCAUCACAGCCAACUCCAUGCUGGUUAGCUGGGAGGAGCCAAAUGACAUGGGCAGCCCCAUUCUGGGUUACUGGGUGGAGCGGCGUGAGAUCAACAGCACCCACUGGACCAGAGUCAACCGGGUUAUUUUGGAGGAUACGGAACUUAACGUGGAAGGCCUACUGGAAGGUCUGACAUACAUCUUCAGGGUGGCUGCUGAGAACCAAGCUGGGCCUGGGAAGUUCAGCAUCCCGUCUGAUCCUAUGACAUGCCAGGAUCCAAUCUUGCCACCUGGGCCACCGUUCCCAAGAAUCAUUGAUACCACUGAGUCUUCCAUCGACGUGGAAUGGGAUCCUCCUGCCUCCAAUGGAGGUGGAGACAUCCUGGGAUACCAUGUUGACAAAACCGUAGCAGGCACCAAAGACUGGUCCCGCUCCACAGAGAGACCCUGGAAGACCCGGGUCUUCACCGUGUAUGGAGUCAGAGAGGGAGCCAAGUACCUGGUCCGUGUGAUCGCAGUCAAUGGAGCCGGUGAAGGAACUCCUGGCUUGACCGAAUCAGUCUUAGUCAGAGAUCCUAAAGAGGCUCCAGUGGUGGAGCUGGAUCUCACUGUGAGGAACGGCGUAAUGAUCAGAGCUGGGGAGCCACUGAUUCUGCCUGCCCUGGUCACUGGUAGACCUCCUCCAGACAUCAAAUGGACCAAAGAUGACGGUCCACCGGACAAAGACCACGUCGAGAUAGAAAAUGUUGGAAAGGAAAGCAUUCUCAGUAUCAAGGCUGCCACAAGAAAGGAUCCUGGCAAAUACCAGAUCAGUGCCAGGAACAGCAGUGGAAUCAAGUCUACAUGGACAAGGGUUGAAGUCAUGGAUGUUCCCGGGCCUGUGCUGGACCUGAAGCCUGUGGUGGUAACCAGGAAGCUGAUGAUUCUGAACUGGUCCGAUCCUGAUGACGAUGGCGGCAGUGAUCUGACCGGCUUCAUCAUUGAGAGAAGGGAUCCCAAGAUGCACACGUGGAGACAGCCCAUCGAGACACCCUCAUCUAAGUGUGAGAUUGUGGGUAUUGUUGAAGGACAGGAGUACAUCUUCCGGGUCGUAGCGAAGAACAAGUUUGGCUGUGGCCCUCCCGUUGAUUUGGGUCCUAUUGCUGCAGUGGAUCCCAAAGCUCCACCAACUUCACCUGAGAGAUUCCACUACACUGAGAGGACAAAGACUUCCAUCAGCCUUGCCUGGAGACCUCCCCGCAAUGAAGGAGGCAGUCCAAUCUUGGGCUACUUUGUUGAGAAGAAGAAGCACGAUGCCCCAGCAUUUGAGCCUUGUAACACAGAGAUGUGCAAGGACCUCUUCAUGACCAUCGAGAACCUCGAGGAGCUGUUUAUGUAUGAGUUCCGUGUCAAGGCUGUCAAUUUAAUUGGAUCAAGUGAACCUGGAAUUCCACUCACCAUUGUCAUUCAAGAUGAUGAAGUUCCUCCUACUGUGAGGAUGUUGAAGACCUUCAAGGGAGAUGCCAUCACUGUCAAGAAGGGAGAGCCUAUUGAAAUCCCUGCUGAGGUGACUGGUCUUCCAAUGCCCAAGGUUGAAUGGUUGAAGGAUGAGGUGAUUAUUGUAGAGCCCACUGAGACUCUGUUGAUGGACACCAAGGAGAUCAACAGAAUGCAGUGCAAUACCAAGCUCAGUAUCCCUGCAGCAGCAAGACUGGACAAAGGCAUCUUUACAGUGAUCGCCUCCAACCGUCUUGGGACGGCUAGUCACACCAUCAAGGUUAAGGUGUUAGACCGUCCUCUGCCACCUAGGAAUGUGAAUAUUGGUAGCAUCAAGGCUGAGUCCUGCCAGCUAACCUGGGACGCGCCAGAGGACGAUGGAGGAAGUGAGCUCACUAACUACAUUGUUGAGAAGCUGGACAUUCUUCCUGAGGAGGAACCUGAAGAAGAAUAUGAGGAUGAGGAGGAUGAGGAGCCUAAGCCUAAAUCUGAGCCUAGACCCAUUCCUGUAUGGACGGUGAUCACCAACAGCAUCAUUGAGAAACGACUCGGGGUUUGGAAUCUGGAAACAGGUAGCCAGUGCCAGUUCAGAGUGAGAGCAGAGAACAGGUAUGGACAGAGUGACGCCUGCGAGACAGAGGCAUCCGUCAUCAAGGAUCUGUACGGACUCCCUGGUCCUCCAGAGAAACCAAAGAUCGCAGAGCACACCAGGUCCUCCAUGCUUGUGACAUGGGACCCUCCACGAGACAACGGUGGAUCCACUAUCUCUGGCUACUGGCUGGAGAAGAGGGAGAAAGGUUCAUCUUAUUGGGCUCGGGUUAAUAAGGCCCCGGUGACGAAGCGUGCUCCUAAGCGCUGGGAGUUCCAGGUCGUUCGUAUGAUCGAGGGGUCUGCGUAUGAGUUCCGUGUCAUGGCUGUCAAUAUUGCCGGUACUGGACCCCCCAGUGGACCUUCCGAUCCUGCAUACGCAGUGGACCCUCUUAUGAAACCCGGCAUGCCAGCACCACCAGAGGUCGCAGACAAAACCAAGCACAGUGUCAGCCUCACAUGGUCUCCACCUGAGAAAGACGGUGGAAGCGCCAUCAAGGGUUACAUCGUUGAGAUCCAGGAUGAAGCCUCUUCUAUUUGGAUCAGAAUCACUGAUCUAGAGACUCUGCAUGAGACCACUGAGAUCACUGUCCCAAGUCUCAAAGAGCUGAAACACUACAAGUUCAGAGUCACAGCCGUCAAUGACAUCGGCGAGUCUGACCCAAGUCCCAAGACAGAAGUCCUAAUUGAGGACGUACAUGUGGAGCCGAAAAUCCAUAUCGAUUGCGUUGUGGAAGAUUUGCUCUGCGUCCGGGCUGGUCAUUCCUUCAGAAUCCCUGUCAUCAUCAAAGGGCGUCCCGUUCCUAAGGUGACCUGGGAAUUCACUGGACCAGCAAAGACCCACAAGAAGAAUCGCCUUCAUGUCCUUCCAGUUGACUCAGAGCUUGAAUCUACUGAUACUACCUCAAACAUCACUGUACCUGUGUGCUUGAGGACCCACUCUGGACGAUACACCAUCACAGCCAAGAACAAGGCUGGACAGAAACAUGUCAACGUCAGAGUCAAUGUUCUCGACGUGCCUGGUGCUCCUCGAGAGCUCAAAGUGACUGACAUCACCAGAGCUACUAUGAGGCUGAUCUGGAAACUGCCUGCUAACGACGGUGGCGAGAGGAUCAAGAGUUACUUCAUUGAGAAGAAGAAUGUGACAGGAAAGGCCUGGACCAUAGUAAACCAGUGCUGUUUCAGCCAGGCCUACGUUGUGGAGGGACUGCUGGAGGGACAGGAGUAUGUGUUCCGUGUGCGGGCAGAGAACCGUCUGGGAAUGGGACCUUUAACUGAGACCACUGAGCCUGCUAGGGCAAGAGACCCCAUCUACAUACCUGAUCCCCCAACCCACGUCAAGGUCAAUCUGGUCACCAAGGAUACAGUGACUCUGACAUGGGUGCCACCUAAGAACAAUGGUGGUUCUCCUGUGAAGCACUACAUCAUAGAGCGCUUGAGUUGGGACACCAGCGGCCCGGAGAAGGAGACAUGGAAGCAGUGUAACAAGCGUAACGUUGAGGAAACCAUCUUCAUCAUUGAAGAUCUGAAAAAUGGCGGAGAGUAUGAGUUCCGCGUCAAGGCUGUGAACGAGGCUGGCCCAAGCAGACCGUCGGCCACCGCUGGACCAGUCAUCAUCAAGGACCAGACAUGUGCUCCUACCAUUGAACUGAAGGAACAGAUGGAAGGUGAAGAGGGACUAGAUGUCCAUAUUGUGGCUAGGAUACAUGGCUGUCCAUUCCCCUCCCUCGUAUGGCAGAAGGCUCCCAUUGCCAAGCCUGAAGACAAGGCUGUAGUGCAAUAUGAUCAGCAUGUCAACAAACUGAUCAUUGAUAACAAAUGUACCCUGCUGAUCCAGCAGUCCAAGAGAGACGACAGCUCCCUUUACGCUAUCACUGCUAGCAACAGUCUGGGAAAAGCCUCUAAGGACAUCAAACUCACUGUCCUAGGACGACCUAGCGUACCAGUCGGGCCGAUUGAAUUCAAAGAGGUGUUUGCCGAGAGGAUAACACUUGCAUGGAAACCACCUAGAGAUGACGGUGGCUCCAAGGUGACAAACUAUGUAAUUGAGAAGCGUGAGGAAAACAGAAAGUCAUGGGUGCACGUUUCCAACGACCCCAAAGAAGGCCUCUAUACAGUUCAGAGGCUGACUGAGGGCCAUGAGUAUGAGUUCCGUGUCAUGGCUCAGAACAAAUAUGGAGUUGGCCCACCGCUGUACAGCGAACAUGAGAAAGCAAGGAAUCUCUUCACUGUCCCUGGCCAAGUUGAGAAGCCCUUAGUGGAAGACGUGACUCUUGAGUCUAUGGUGAUCGUCUGGGGCGAGCCAAAAUACGAUGGUGGAUCUCCAGUUAGUGGUUACUGGCUGGAGCGUAAAGAGACCACGGCUAAGCGCUGGACCAAAGUGAACCGCGCCCCCAUCAGGGUCAUGCCCCUGGGUCAGGAGUAUGAGAUCACGGGUCUGCAGGAGGGAGCAAUCUACCAGUUCCGUGUGACCACAAUCAACGCAGCUGGAAUGGGACUUCCCAGUGUCCCAUCGGAUCCUGUUCUUUCAAGAGACCCUAUUACUCUCCCCGGUCCCCCAACCCCCAAAGUAACAGACUGGACCAAGUCAACAGUGGAUCUGGAGUGGAUCCCACCUUUGAUUGAUGGUGGAUCUAAGGUCACUGGUUACUUUGUUGAAUACAUAGAAGAGGAAAAAGAAGCAGAAAUAGAAAAACAGAAGGCAGCGGAAGCAGACAAAGUAGUAGUAAAACAGAAAAAAGUUAAGAAAAUCAUAUUCGAUGAAGACGGAAAUGAAAUAUCAGAAUCAGAAGAAGAAGAAGAGGUAGUAGGGAUAAAAGACGGAUGGGAAAAGGCUAAAGACAAGGAGAUUAGAAGCACUAAGUUUGUUGUGUCUGGACUGAAAGAGCUGGGAAGGUACAAGUUCAGAGUGAGGGCAGUGAACGCUGCUGGCGUCGGUGAGCCCGGUCAAGUGGCCGAAGUGAUUGAAUGCAAGGACAGAACAAUUGCCCCUGAAGUGGACUUGGAUGCCUCAGUGAAGGAGAAGAUUGUAGUCCAUGCCGGUGGUACCAUCCGCCUCCUGGCCUACGUGUCAGGCAAGCCUGCGCCAGAGAUCACAUGGAGCAGAGAUGACCAGCCUCUACCAGCAGAGGCUAAGGUUGAAACCACUUCAAUCAGCUCUGCUCUGGUUAUCAAAAACUGUAGACGCCAUCAUCAGGGUAUAUACACCCUGAGUGCAAAGAAUGAAGGAGGAGAAAGGAAGAAGGCUGUCAUUGUGGAGGUGUUGGAUGUUCCCGGCCCAGUUGGUCAGCCGUUCUCUGGUGUGAACCUCACCAUUGACUCUUGCAAGUUGACCUGGUACUCCCCUGAAGACGACGGUGGCUCAGCCAUCACCAACUACAUAAUUGAGAAGAGAGAGUCUGACCGCAUGGGCUGGACAGCGGUCUCUUACACGGUCACCAGGCACAAUGCUGUGGUCCAGGGUCUCAUCGACGGAAAAGGAUAUUUCUUUAGAAUCGCAGCUGAGAAUAUCAUCGGAAUGGGUCCAUUUUUUGAAUCAGAACGACCAGUUCUCAUCAAAGACCCUAUUUCUGUUCCUGAGCGUCCUGAGGAUCUAGAAAUCACAGCCAUCACCAAAGACUCCAUCAGUUUGGCCUGGAGACCACCUAAGUACGAUGGUGGUUCUGAGGUUACACGUUAUGUGCUUGAAGCUCGUCUGAUUGGAAAGGAUAACUUCACUAAGAUCGAUACUGAUGACACGCUGAUGAAUAGGAAGUUCACAAAGGGAGGUCUCAAAGAGAAUUCCACCUAUGAAUUCCGUGUCAGUGCUGUCAACGUGAUUGGUCAGGGAAAGCACUCUUUCUGCACCAAGCCAAUCCAGGUCAAGGAAGAACUUGAGCCCCCAACGAUCGACUUGGACUUCCGUGACAGACCGGUUGUGCGUGUGGGAGAUGUGUGCACCCUCCAAGGCCGCUUCACUGGAAAGCCAGCACCUACAAUAACAUGGACAAAGAACGAGGAAGAGCUGAAAGCAGAUGAGGAGGUCACAAUGACCAACACUAGUAAAACACUGUGCUUGGCUAUGCCCAAGGCUAAACGCGAACACAGCGGCAGAUACCAGGUAGUUGUGGAGAACAUUGUCGGCUUACGUAAAGGAAUCUGCAGUCUCACUGUUGUUGAUCGCCCCCAGCCUCCAGAGGGCCCAGUGGUCUUCAAUGAGGUCUACAGGAACUACAUGGUGAUUUCUUGGAACCCUCCUCUGGAUGAUGGUGGAUGUGCCAUCUCCAACUACACCAUUGAAAAGAGAGACACAAACAGAGACCUCUGGAUGCCGGUGACAACAGCUUGCACCAGGACAACAUGCAAAGUACCUAAGCUGAUUGAGGGCAGAGAGUACAUCAUCAGAAUCUGUGCUGUGAACAUCCACGGCAUCAGCAACCCACUGCUGUCUGCCGAGACAAAGGCUAAGGAUGUCUUCAAGGUGCCAAAUGCACCCAAACAGCCCAUUGUAAAGGAGAUCUAUAAGGAUCAAGCCCUUCUGACUUGGGAACCACCUGCUGAUGGUGGGAAGCCCAUCACUGGCUAUGUCAUUGAGAGGAAGGAGACCAUGACUAAUAGAUGGACUCGCGCAUCCGGAAAGGACCGCAUCUUCCCCAAAGUGGAGUACUUUGUUCCAGACCUCCUCCAGGGCUGUGAAUAUGAGUUCCGUGUCAUGGCUGAGAACGUUGUGGGUCUCGGUGACCCCAGCCCUCCAUCAAAGCCCAUCUUUGCCAAAGAUCCAAUUGUGCUUCCAAGCCCCCCUGUGCUGCCAGAAGCUUUAGAUUGGACAAAAGAGUCUGUCUCACUGGCUUGGCAGCCACCAAAGGACUGUGGCAGGGGCAAGAUCUUCGGCUAUCUCGUUGAGUUCACUAAAGCUGGAGAGGAGUGGCAGAAGGUGAAUCAGACUCCUGAUUCCUGCCAAGAAACCAAGUUCAAGGUCAUUAACCUGGAAGAGGGAGAAUAUUACAGAUUCAGAGUAACUGCUGUGAACUUCGCUGGUGAAUCUGAACCCGCAUACACCACAGAUCCAGUGAAGGCAGAAGACAGACUUGAACCUCCUGAAUUGGAUGUUGAACUCGGUAUGCCUCGUGAGUUGAAAGCCAUGGCCGGAACCCAUAUCAAUCUAUUUGCUGGAAUCAAGGGAAUUCCAUUCCCCAAAGUCACAUGGAAGAAGAACGACGAAGACGUCCCCACAAGAGUUGACAUUGAGAUCAAUCCGCUAGGAUCCAAAUUGGAGAUGCGCUACUGUGCCCGUUCUGACUGUGGCGACUACACUCUGAACAUUGAAAACUCAUCUGGAUCAAAGACUGCCACAUGCACAGUCCUCGUCCUGGACAAACCUGGUCCAAUCCAGCACCUGAGGGUUUCAGAGGUGAGAAGCGAUUCAGCCUAUCUCUCCUGGAAAGACCCCGAGGACAAUGGAGGAGCACGUAUUACCAACUUUGUUGUGGAGAAGAAAGAUGUGGCAGCCGCACAGUGGGUGCCAGUGUGCUCUUCGUCUAAGAAACGAAGCAUGAUGGCCAAGCACUUGAUGGAAGGAACAUCAUAUUUGUUCCGCGUUGCUGCUGAGAAUCAGUUCGGCAGAAGUGAAUACAUUGAAACAACCAAAGCCGUCAAAGCCAUGAAUCCACUGUUCCCACCUGGUCCACCAAAGGACUUGCACCAUGUAGAUGUCGACAAGACGGAGGUCUGGCUUGUGUGGAACUGGCCUGACCGCAACGGAGGAAGCAACAUCAUAGGUUUCCUGGUUGAGUACCAAGAGGAAGGAGAGAGAGAGUGGGAUGAAUGGAACACCGUCAGCAUCCCUGAGAGCCACAUUACUGGUCUCGAGGAAGGAAAGACUUACAGAUUCCGUGUGAGAGCGGAGAACGCUAUCGGACUGAGUAGACCAGACACCACUGUCCCCGUCCUCUGCCAGGAGAAGCUUGUGGCUCCAAUCGUUGAAGUUGAGGCCAAGCUGAUCGAAGGGAUCAUUGUGAAAUGUGGAAGCACAAUCAGACUCCCUGCUAUCAUGAGAGGCAUCCCUGCGCCUACUGCCAAAUGGUCCAUUGACGGAGCAGAAAUUGUACCCGAAGGCGCAGUUAAGAUUGAGAGUGACAACUAUUCAACAGUUCUCAGCAUCAAUGAGUGUAUGAGAACCAACAGUGGAACCUAUAUUCUUACAGUUUCCAACCCUGCAGGAACCAAGACUCUGGCUUUGAAUGUGACCGUUCUUGAUGUGCCCGCUGCUCCCAUUGGACCAAUCAAUGUCCUUGAGGUUACUCCUGAGUACAUGCUUAUUGACUGGCGUUCUCCAAAGGAUGAUGGUGGAAGCCCUGUAACAGGUUACAUUGUUGAGAAGAGAGAGGCUAAGAAGGAAACCUGGGGAGGUGUGAGCUCUGGUAGCACAGCUACAAAGCUUAAGAUCUCUCGUUUGCAGAGCGGUGUUGAAUAUGUUGUGCGUAUCCGUGCAGAGAACAAAAUGGGUAUCGGCGCUCCUCUUGAAAGUGCACCAACUGUCGCCCAACACACGUUUGAACCCCCUGCCCAUCCUGGCAAACCAAACACAUGGGACAUUGCAGAAGAUGCUCUCACUGUUGGGUGGACCAUGCCAUUGUUUGAUGGAGGCAGUCAAAUCACUGGAUAUAUAGUUGAGCGUAAACACAAAGGCGGUAAAUGGAUCCGUGUCAACACGACACCCUGUAAGGAUCUCAGAAUCAGAGUACUUGGUCUCUUUGAGGGAAAUGAGUAUGAGUUUAGAGUUUUCGCUGAAAACAUUGCUGGUUUCAGUGGACCUUCUGCCAUAUCAGACCCAGCAAAACCCUUUCGUCAAAUUAAAGCUCCUGGAUCUCCAGUUAACCCCAGAAUCAAGGACUACAGUAAGGAAAAUGCAGACCUAGUCUGGAUUAAGCCCAACAAAGAUGGAGGCAGUCCAAUCAUGGGCUACAUUAUUGAAAUUCAGAAAGUUGGCGGAGAAUGGGAGAUCAUCAACAAGGAUGGUCACAUUAAGCAGUGUGCUUACAGAGUUAAAGGCCUUGAAGAACACUCAGAGUACAGGUUCCGCAUUAGUGCUGUAAAUAUGAUUGGAGUUGGAGAGCCUAGAGAAUGCCUUGGAUCGGUGGUUGCCAAAGACAUCAUGAUACCUCCAGAGAUUGAGAUGGAUGCCACAAGCCGUAAGUGUUUGACUGUCCGAGUUGGACAUAACAUCAACAUCAUCGGUUACGUGAAAGCCAGACCCGAUCCAGAGAUUAUCUGGAAAAAGGGUGAAGACGUUUUGGAAACCGCCAAGCACACAACACUAACUCAGAACUUGCCUGUUGUUCAACUGAGAAUAAAAGAGGCAACCAGAGCAGACCAUGGAAAGUAUGUUUUGAAGGCUAACAACUACAGUGGUGAAGCUGAAGCUACAAUAACUGUGAAUGUGUUGGAUAGACCUGGACACUGUCAGAAUCUGAAGCCCACCUAUGUGACCAAAGACUCUUGUAUGGUGUCCUGGGAGAACCCUGUAGAUAACGGAGGCUCUGAGAUUACAAACUACAUUGUUGAGUGCCGUGAACCCAGUGUGAGGCUUUGGUCAAUGAUCUCAUCUGACUGCACUAACCGCAUGGUUAAAGCCAAACUCAUGGAGGGCCACGAGUAUCUCUUCCGUGUUUGUGCUGCGAACAAAUGCGGCCCUGGGCCUACAGUUGAGACAAAACAACCAACCCUUGCCAUCGAUCCCAUUAACACGCCUGGUGAGCCAGAGAACUUCCACGUAACCGACGUGGGUAAGAACUUUGUCUUCUUGAAAUGGAGGAGGCCAGACUAUGAUGGUGGAAGCCCCAACAUUGGUUACGCUUUGGAGAGCAAAGAAGCAGGAGCGGCAGAAUGGGUGCCAUUACACGAGGAUCUGAUUACAAGUACAUUCUUCAUGGCUGACAAGUGUGUGGAAAAACAAACCUAUCAGUUCAGAGUGCAGACAUGCAAUGAAGGUGGGGAAAGUGACUGGGUGAAGACUGGUGAUGUACUUGUUAAAGAGGAGAUCCAGAAACCAGUGCUUGAUAUAAAGUUAGCUGGAGCCCUUGUGGUUAAAGCUAGAGAGUCUAUCAGAAUUGAGGCUGGACUCAGAGGAAAGCCUCAACCAGAGGUGAAGUGGGUGAAGGACAGGGCCACAGGAGAUAACCCCAGAGUUAGUAUUGAAACGGGCACAGAUUACUCCAAAUUCCUUUUGACCAAAUCCAAACGUACUGACACCGGAAAAUACGUUGUUACUGCCACAAACUCUGCUGGAACCUUCACUGGAUACGCAGUUGUUCAUGUCUUGGAUGUCCCAGGGCCUGUGAGAGACGUGAAGGUGUCUGGAAUCGGAGUAGACAAAUGUAGAGUUGCAUGGGAUCUCCCAGAAGAUGAAGGUGGAUGUGAAGUUGAUAGCUAUAUCAUUGAGAAAUGUGAGACAAGAAGAAUGGUCUGGUCCACAUACUCUGCUUCACUUGUCACCAACUAUUGCAAUGUUACCCGACUAGUAGAAGGAAAUGAGUACAUCUUCCGCAUCAGAGCAGAAAACAAGAUGGGGACAGGUCCCGCAGUGGAGAGCAAACCUGUCACAGCUAGGACUCAGUUUAACAGACCUGGACCACCAGAAUCACCAGAGAUCACCAAGAUCGGCAAGGAGGAAAUGACAGUCGUAUGGGCCCCACCAGAGAAUGAUGGUGGAAAGUCUAUCACUGGUUAUAUCCUGGAAAGGAAAGAAAAGCGUGCUGUCAAAUGGGUGCCAUGCACAAAGAGUACCAUCUCUGAGAGACGCAUGAAAGUCAGCAACUUAAUUCCCAACCACGAGUAUCAGUUCCGUGUCAAGGCCGAAAAUGAAGUUGGACUGGGAGAGCCAAGCAAACCAUGCAGACCAGUAGCAGCCAAAGAUCCAAUUGAGACUCCUGGUCCUCCAGGCAGUUUCAAGGUGAUUGACAGCACCAAGACAUCCAUUACUCUUGGGUGGGCCAAGCCUAUCUAUGAUGGAGGUGCUCCUAUCAUUGGAUACAUGGUUGAAAUGAGAGACAAACCUGAACCUAAACCUGAAGUGGUUGAAGCUGAAGCUGUUCCUGAAGAUAAACCUGCAGAUGAAGCUAAGCCUGAAGGUGAAGCUAAGCCUGAAGCAGCAGCAGGAGAAGGUGAGGAAAAAUAUGAAGAAGACGCUGAGGAUGAAGCUGCUGCAGUUGCAGCUAAAGCUAAAGCUGAAGCUAAACGUAAGGAGAAAGAAGAGGGCUGGAAGAAGUGUAACACCGGUGCUGGUGUGCUGGUGCACACAGAAUUCACCAUUCCAAACUUGAAUGAGAAGCAGAUGUAUGAAUUCAGAGUCUCUGCACAGAACCAGGUCGGCUGGGGUCGUCCUGCUACACUCAAAGAGGCUGUCAACCCCAAGGAGGUCCUCGAGGCACCAGAGAUUGACUUGGAUGCCAGUCUAAGGAAGGGCUUCACUGUUAGAGCAGGCUGCCCCAUCAGGCUCUUCGCUACUAUCAGAGGAAGACCAUCGCCCAAAGUCACCUGGAAGAAGCUCGGUGUUGAUAAUGUGGCCAGGAGAGGGCAUGUAGAUCAGAUUGAUACUAUGUCCUUCCUUGUGAUCCCUGAGAGCACUCGGGACGACUCCGGCAAAUACUCUCUCACACUUUCCAACUCCGCUGGGGAGAAAGCUAUAUUUGUUCGUGUUAAAGUAUUGGAUACUCCUGGACCUGUUGGAGGAUUUGAGGUCUGUGAUGUGACAAGCACCGGUUGUCAGCUGUCUUGGCUCCCUCCAGAUAAUGAUGGUGGCUGUCAAAUCCAGAACUACAUCGUUGAGAAACGUGAACUCGACAAGAAGACUUGGUCAAAUUGUAUCAACGACUUGAAGAAAACAAGCUUCAAAGUCACCGGCCUCACACCUGGCUGUGACUACUACUUCAGAGUUAUGGCAGUCAAUAAAUAUGGCAUUGGUGUUCCUAAAGACUCUCCAAAAGCCUACCUGACAACUGAUCCUAUAAGUGAACCUGAUCCACCCAAGAAGAUGGAUGUCUUGGAAGUGACAAAGAACACUGCCACUCUGGGAUGGCUGAAACCUUUGAGGGAUGGUGGAGCUAAGAUCAAUGGCUACAUGGUUGAUUACAAAGAGGAUGGCGAACCUGAAGACAAAUGGACACCAUAUUCCGUUGUUAAAGACUUAACCAUUGUAGUCGUUGGACUUAAAGAGGGCACAAAGUACAAGUUCAGGGUUGCAGCAAGAAACGUGGCUGGAACCAGUUUGGCAAGAGAAGCUGAGGGAGUAUUUGAAGUCAAGGAGCAGCUGAUGGCACCAAAGAUCAUCAUGCCUGAUAUUGUCACAGUAAGGGCAGGAGAGAAAAUGAGAGUUGAUGCUAUUGUGGCUGGAAAACCUACACCAUUCUGCAAAUGGAGGCAAGGAGCCGAUGAUCUGUUGACAUCUGAUCGUCUCAUGGUGCAAAAGUCUCCUAACUGCAUUUCACUCAUCAUGAAAGACGUCUCGAGAAAGGACAGUGGUUACUACAGUCUUUCUGCUGCGAACAGCACCGCCAAAAUAAGCCAGAUCCUUAGAGUCAUAGUACAGGAUAAACCAGGGCCUCCUGACGCUCCCCUGGAGAUCGUUGAGCUUGAUAUUGAUGCCUGCACACUCCAGUGGAACCAACCCAGUGAGGAUGGUGGAAGCAACAUCACUAACUACGUCAUUGAGAAGUGUGAUGUGAGCAGAGGAGACUGGGUCAUAGCUUCUGGCUCAUGCACCACAACCAGCUACAGAGUUGGCAAGCUUACCCCUGGAAUGGAGUAUGGCUUCCGUGUCCGAGCUGAGAACAGAUUUGGCAUCUCAGAGCCAAUCUAUUCAGAGAAAAGUAUCGCUAGAUAUCCCUUCGAUGUCCCAGACGAGCCCAGAAAUCUGUGUAUCACAAAAGUUAAGAGUGAAGCAGUGUCUCUGUCCUACGAGACCCCGUCAACGGACGGUGGCAGUCCUCUUACCGGAUACUGCAUUGAGCGCAAAGAGAGGAACAGCCUUCUCUGGGUAAGAGCAAAUGAGUCUGUUGUCCGCGGACUUGAAUACAACUGCACAGGCUUAAUGGAAGGUCUGGAAUAUGCAUUCAGGGUGUCUGCCCUCAACAAGGCCGGCCAGGGUAAACCAAGCAAACAGACUGACUGGGUCACAGCAAGAACACCCAUCGAUCCACCUGGUAAACCUGAGGUAAUGGAUGUGACAAAGAGCACUGUUUCACUUGUUUGGACUCGCCCACAAAAUGAUGGAGGUAGCAAGCUCAUUGGGUACUAUGUGGAGUACAUGAAGAUUGGUCAAGAAGUAGAGAAAUGGGUUCGCUGCAAUGCCAACUGCCAGAACGUCAAAACAGAAGACUAUGUUGUAACUGGCCUGGAGGAGGGAGCCCAGUAUCACUUCAGAGUUUUCGCCAAGUCAGCAAUCAACAUCAGCUUGCCUUCUCAGAUCUCAGAUGCCAUUCCAGUGUUUGCAGAGAAUGUUCCCCCCAGGGUCGAGCUGGGAGUGGACAUGAAGAAUAUGAUCAUAGUGAAGGCUGAAGAAAAUGUCUCCUUUGAUGCAGUAGUGUUUGGAAAACCACUGCCCAAGGUUACAUGGAAGAGAGAUGGUGUUCCAUUGAAACUGGCUGAGGGGAUGAAGAUGACACAGAAGAGACACACACACAUUCUGGAAUUGUUCUCUGUUGCAAGGAAGGAGUCUGGAGAGUACACUAUUCUAGCUGAAAAUCCCAAUGGCACUAAAUAUGCCAAUAUUAAGCUCAAGGUUCUAGACAAACCAGGCCCACCAGCCGGAGUGAAAGUCACCAAGGUGUUUGCGGACCGUAUUAAGAUGAGGUGGGAGCCACCUGUUGCAGAUGGAGGCUCUGAAAUCAUCAACUACAUCAUUGACAAACGUGAAACCAGCAGAGCGAACUGGGCUCUGGUCACCUCCAAUAUCCAUGGUCAACUGACUGAUUGCACAGUAGAUAAACUGAUGCAGGACCAUGAAUACCAGUUCAGGGUCAGUGCUGAGAACCAGUAUGGUAUUGGGGACCCCAUCCUCACCGACCCUGUCAUGGUCAAGAAUCCAUAUGAUGUUCCUGGUCCUAGUGAGCCACCAGUUAUUACCAACAUUACAGCCAAUUCUAUGACUGUCAGCUGGAAAGCGCCUGCUGAUGAUGGUAAAGCUACCAUUCUGGGUUACAUGGUUGAGAAACGUGAAGCGUCAGAGCUCAACUGGGCUAAAGUCAACCGUAAACCAGUGAUUGACAGGAGCAUAAAAGCCGCCCAGCUCUCAGAGGGAUCUGAGUAUGAGUUCAGAGUGAUUGCCAUGAACAAAGCUGGAUUUGGCAAACCAAGUGAUGCAUCCAAUGCUGCCCUUGCCGUGGAUCCUGUGUAUCCACCUGCACCACCUGCUUUCCCUAAAGUUGUCGACUCAACACACAGCACCAUUAGCUUGUCUUGGACCAAGCCUGCUUACGAUGGUGGUUGUGAAAUCUUUGGCUACCUUGUCGAGUGCAAGAGAGCUGAUGCAGAACACUGGACAAAGUGCAAUGUGCCCAAAAAUCUGCAAGAAACCAAGUUCCUGGUUACUGGUCUCAUUGAUAAAACAGAAUAUGUGUUCCGUGUCUUUGCUGUGAACAAGAUCGGAUACAGCGAGCCAAGUGAAGUUCCUGGGAAACACGAGGCCAAAGACAUCCUGAUUGCCGCUGAUGCUGAGCUGGAUGCUGACCUUCGCAAGGCACUGGUCCUGAGAGCCGGAGUCACAAUGAGACUCUAUGUGCCACUGAUAGGACGUCCCCCACCCAAGGUGGUGUGGACCAAGGUCAAUGCCAACCUCAAAGAACGAGCAGGAAUCAUGAUCAAAACGACCGAAUGGGAUACCCUUAUGUACAUUGAGGAUAUCAACAGAUAUGAUGCUGGCAAAUACGUUUUGUCUCUUGAAAACGAGAGCGGAAAGAAGUCUUACACUAUCGUCGUCAAGGUCCUAGAUACUCCUGGUCCACCACUGAAUCUAAUUGUGAAGGAAACAUCUCUGAACCAUGCAUCCAUCGGCUGGGAUCCUCCUCUGAUUGAUGGAGGAAGCCCAGUGAAGAGUUACAUUGUUGAGAAGCGUCUUGCAGAGAGAAAGGCAUGGUCCUGUGUCAUAGCCGAAUGCCCCAAAUCUACUUUCAGGAUUCCUAACUUGGAAGCUGGACAGGCCUACUGUUUCAGAGUCUUGGCUGAAAAUAACUAUGGUAUCGGAGAAGGUUGUGAGACUGCCGGAGUUGUAAGAGCUUCAGAACUACCUGGAGCAAUUAUAGAUUUUAAGGCACUGUCGAUCACUAAAGAUUCCAUUCAUAUUGGCUGGAAAAAGCCAAUCAGUGAUGGUGGAAGUCACAUCAGUGCUUAUCUUCUGGAGCUUCAGGAAGGUGAAGAGAAGUAUACGGAGCUAGUGAAAGGAAAGGUCAUGUCACAUAUGAUGGUUGAACUUAAAGAAGGAAAGGAGUACUCUUACAGGGUGAAAGCAAUAAAUGAGUCUGGAGAUGGACCACCUUCGGAGCUCACUGUGAUCGCUAAAGAUCAAAUCGUUGCACCUGAUUGUGACUUGAGUGGCAUCCCAGAUCUGUGUUAUGUUGCCAAGGAGGGAAGCACAGUCCGUAUCAACGUACCUAUUGUUGGCAAACCAGCUCCUUCAGCCAUCUGGAAGAAGGGACAUGUUUCUCUGGGAGACAGUGGAAGAAUGUCAGUUGAAUCUACACCUACUUUGACAACUUUGCUCAUCCGUGAUUGCCAGAGAGGUGAUGCGGAAAAUUACACAAUCCUGCUAAGAAACACUGCAGGAGUCAAAGAAGCAAAGAUGCAGAUAAAGGUGGUUGGAAAACCAGGAAUUCCAACAGGACCAUUCAAAUUUGAUGAAAUCACUGCCGAUGGAAUCACUCUGGAUUGGGGUCCACCAAAGGAUGAUGGUGGCACUGAAAUAUCCAACUACAUUCUGGAGAAGCGGCAAUCAACGGCCAACAAGUGGGCUACUGUGGCAUCUGCGAUCCAGAAGAAUACUAUGAGAGUUACCAGGCUCCAUGAUGGUACUGAAUACAUCUUCAGAGUGUUCGCAGAAAAUAAAUAUGGAGUUGGAGAAUGCCUCAAAUCUGACCCAGUGGUGGCUCAGCACCCAUUCAAUGUGCCUGAUGCACCUGCACCACCAGAGAUUGUGAGCAUUCGCCAUGAGUCGGCCAUUUUAAAUUGGACUGAACCUAAAGAAAAUGGAGGCUCACCAAUCACUGGCUAUCAUGUCGAAUACAAAGAAAGGAACAGCUUGAUGUGGAAGAGAGCCACUAAGACCCCUAUUAGGGUAAAGGACUGCAGAGUGACUGGACUAAUUGAAGGCCUGGAGUAUGAAUUCAGAGUCAUGGCAAUGAAUGCGGCCGGUUUAGGAAGGCCAAGCAGGGCAACAGAACCAGUCAUCGCCCUUGAUCCAAUUGAUCCUCCUGGUAAGCCUGAUGUCAUCAAUGUAACCAGAAGCACUGUAACACUUAUGUGGACUGCACCCAAGUACGAUGGUGGACACAAACUGACUGGCUACCUGGUUGAGAAACUGGAAUUGCCAGGAAAGACGUGGAUGAAAGCAAAUCAUAUCAAUGUCCAAGGCCUUGCGUUUACUGUGCAAGACCUGACAGAAGGCAGCAGCAUGGAAUUCAGAAUCAGAGCAAAGAAUGCAGCUGGCGCAAUCAGUGUUCCUUCAGAGCAAACGGAUACCCUUAUCUGCAAAGAUGAGUAUGAACCACCAAGCAUCUCUAUCGAUCCAGACAUGAAGGAAGGUGUCUCUGUCAGAGCUGGGGACACCAUUGUGGUAUCUGCUUCCAAGAUCCUUGGCAAACCUCCACCUACAGCUGUGUGGUCCAAGGCAGGAAGAGAAUUCAAGACCUCAGAUAUUGUCCAAAUCACAAGCACUCCAACUACUUCAACGUUGUCUAUUAAAUAUGCCAGCAGGAAGAACACUGGAGAGUACACAAUUACAGCCAGCAAUCCUUUCGGUAUCAGAGAAGAACAUGUUAAGGUCAAGGUUCUUGAUGUCCCUGGACCUCCAGGCCCCAUUGAAGCCAGCAGUGUGUCAGCUGAGAAGUGCACAUUGACAUGGUUGCCACCAGAAGAGGAUGGCGGCUGCGCAAUCAAAUCCUACACACUGGAGAAGAGAGAAACAAGCCGUCUUCUCUGGACCAAACUUGCUGAAAAUAUCUUUGAUUGCAGAUUUGUUGCAAACAAGCUUAUCAAGGGCAAUGAGUACAUCUUCCGUGUGUCUGCAGUGAACCAGUAUGGCACUGGUGAUGGGACACAAUCCGGCCCAGUCAAAAUGGUUGACAGCUUUGGCCCACCAGGCCCACCCGGAGUCCCAGAGAUUGACAAUGUCAGCAGGAAUGCUGUCACCAUUUUCUGGAAGAGGCCAAUUAAAGAUGGCGGAAGUGAUAUUAGAGGUUAUCAGGUUGAGAGGAAAGAGAGAAGAGGAAUGAGAUGGGUGAGAGCAUCGAAGAAAACAGUCUCUGACUUACGUUACAAAGUACAAGGACUGACGGAAGGUGUUCAAUAUGAAUUCAGAGUAACUGCAGAGAACAAAGCUGGCUUUGGGGAACCAAGUGAGCCAUCUGCCCAUGUGAUGACAAAGGAUAUUGUAUAUCCACCAGGACCUCCUUCUAACCCAAGAAUUACUGACACCACCAAGACAACAGCCACAUUCAACUGGGGUAAACCCCACUAUGAUGGCGGCCUGGAUGUAGCAGGAUACAUUGUUGAGCACAAAAAGGAAGGACAUGACGAUUGGGUCACAGACGUCUCAAGACUGAGAAUUACAGAAUAUGUUGUGUCAGACCUGAAGGCAGGUGGGAACUACUAUUUCAGAGUCAGAGCCAUGAAUACAGAGGGAGUAGGUGAACCAGCAGAGGUUGAAGAAAUUGUUGAACUUGGGGACCGUGAGACACUUCCCGACUAUGAGCUUGAUGCUGAGUAUAGAAAAACCCUUGUUGUCAGGGUCCGUGGAUCCAUUCGUAUCUUCGUACCAAUUAAAGGACGUCCAGUUCCUGAAGUAACCUGGUUGAAAGAUGAUGCCAUUCUUGGCAAAGGUGGUCGUGAACACAUUGAUACUACAGAGUCGUAUACUCUCCUGGUUAUCCCUGACUGCACAAGAUAUGAUGCCGGAAAAUACAUGCUGUCAUUAGAAAACGUUGCUGGUAAGAGAGACGGAUUCGUUAAUGUCAGAGUACUGGAUUCACCAGGACCACCUGUGAACUUGAUACCACGUGAAAUCACCAAAACAAGCAUCACCAUGCAGUGGGAAAUCCCCAUCAUUGAUGGUGGAUCAAAGAUCAUUAACUAUGUCAUUGAGAAGCGAGAAGCCACAAGAAAAGCUUACACAGUAAUCAGUACAACCUGGCAGAAAUGUUCCUUCAAGUAUGACAACUUGGAUGAAGGCUCUGAAUAUUACUUCCGGGUAUCCGCUGAAAAUGAACUGGGUGUCGGCGAGCCAGCAGAGACACCUGAGACAAUCAGAGCAUCCCAAGCACCCACUGCCCCUGAAAAUCUGUAUGUCACUGACGUAUCAGUGGACACCGCAAGCCUUGCAUGGACGAAGCCAAAACAUGAUGGCGGCAGUAGGAUUACUGGAUACGUUAUUGAAGCACAGAAGAAGGACACAGAGACAUGGACCCAUAUAACAACUGUAAAAGCUCUUGACUACACAGCCACAGAUCUCAUUGAAAAUAUGGAGUAUGUGUUCCGCAUCAUGGCAGUGAACAGCUCUGGCAGAAGUGAUCCACGUGAAAGCAGACCUGCUAUCAUUAGAGAACAAACAGCAGCACCUGCGUUUGACCUGCGUGCAGUCUACCAGUCCUUGGUCAUUGCUAAAGCUGGUGAUAACGUGAAGGUUGAAAUUCCGGUUCUGGGUCGCCCCAGGCCUUCAGUUUCAUGGAAGAGAGGAGAGGACACACUUAAACAGACACAGAGAAUCAACACUGAUACUACUGCAACUUCAACUACUCUCCACAUCAAUGAGAUCAAAAGGACCGAUGGUGGUACAUUUUCGAUGACCGGCAAGAAUAUACUUGGAACAACGACAGAGACAAUUACUGUUGAAGUCCACGAUAUUCCAGGACCUCCUACUGGACCAAUUAAGCUUGAAGAAGUUUCAUGUGACUACAUUCUCAUGUCAUGGGAAGGUCCGGAGAAUGAUGGUGGCGUACCCAUUAACAAUUACAUUGUUGAAGCUAGAGAAACCACAGGCACAUCAUGGGUUGAAUUAGCAGCAACAGUUAUCCGUACGACAUUCAAAGCUGCCCGUCUCACAACAGGAAUCACAUAUCAGUUCCGUGUUAAAGCCCAGAACAGGUAUGGCAUUGGACCCUGUAUAGUCUCAGAACAAGUGGUUGCUGCUUAUCCAUUCGAUGUGCCAGGACAACCAGGCCUUCCUGAAAUCGUCCACUUCAACAAGGAUUCCAUGACUAUUAGCUGGGAUGAACCAGCGUCCGAUGGUGGAAGCCCAAUUUUGGGAUAUCACAUUGAAAGGAAAGAGAAGAACAGUAUCCUAUGGCAGAAGAUCAGCAAAGCACUUGUAGCAGGGAACAUGUUCAAAUCAACAGGCUUGGUGGAUGGAAUCGCCUAUGAGUACCGCGUUAUUGCUGAAAACAUGGCUGGUUUGAGCAGGGCAAGCAAGCAUUCUGAGACUACCUUUGCUCUGGAUCCAGUGGACCCACCUGGCCAACCAGUGGCAUUGAAUGUAACCAGACAUGAGGUGACUCUUCAGUGGACAAAACCUGAAGGUGAUGGAGGAUUCUCAAUAACUGGGUACCAAGUAGAAAAGAGAGAACUCCCAGACGGACGCUGGCUUAAGGCCAACUAUAGCAACGUCCUUGAGACAACAUUCACUAUUAGCGGGCUCACAGAGGAUGCUACUUAUGAGUUCCAUGUUUUGGCAAGAAACUCAGCUGGUGCUCUCAGUAAGCCAUCUCUACCAUCAGAGGAAAUCACUUGCAGAGAUGACAUUGAAGUGCCCAAACUUGAAGUUGAUACAAUCUAUAAUAGUACUGUGGUUGUGAAAGCAGGAGAUGUCUUCAAACUUGCUGCCAGCGUAACAGGCAGACCAAUCCCAACACUGCUAUGGACCAAAGACGGGAAGGAACUUGAAGAUACGGCAAAGUUGGAAAUCAAACUCUAUGACUUUUCUACAACAUUAGUCAACAAAGAUUCUCUAAGAAGGUGCGGCGGCACAUUCACUUUAACUGCCAGCAAUCCUGGUGGUUUUGCAAAGCAUACCUUCAAUGUUAAGGUUCUUGAUAGACCUGGACCUCCAGAUGGUCCACUUGCUGUAACAGAUGUCACUGCUGAGAAAUGUAUAUUGUCAUGGUUGCCACCAUCACAUGAUGGUGGUGCAAAGAUUCUACACUACAUAAUUGAGAAACGUGAAACAAGUAGACUUGCUUGGACAAAUGUAGCGUCAGACUUACAAGUGAACCGGUUUAAGGUUACCAAGUUGUUGAAGGGUAAUGAAUAUAUCUUCAGAGUUAUGGCUGUCAACAUGUAUGGAACUGGAGAGCCCCUUGAGUCCAAUCCAAUGGUUUCUACAAAUCCAUAUGUGCCAGCUGAUGCUCCAUCAACACCUGAGGUGACGACCAUCACAAAGAACACCAUGGUUGUUUGCUGGGAACGCCCUGAUCACGACGGUGGAAGCAGCAUUUUCAACUAUGUUGUUGAAAGGAGAGACAAAACCGGUCUUCGCUGGGUUAAAUGCAACAAGAGGACUGUUACUGACCUGAGGUACAAAGUAUCGGGGCUCACACCAGGGCAUGAAUACGAAUUCAGAAUCAUUGCAGAAAACAAUGCUGGUUUAGGUACACCAAGUCCUUCAAGUGAAUUCUACAAGGCAGUAGACACAAUCUUCCAACCUGGACCACCUGGAAAUCAAAGAGUCUUGGACACAACCAAGUCAUCCAUUACAGUUGCAUGGAACAAACCUGUAUACGAUGGUGGUUCUGAUAUCAUUGGCUACAUUGUGGAGACCUGUCUACCUGAGGAAGAUGAAUGGACAAUUCAAACCCCUAAGAAGGGAUUAGUUGGUACGUCAUUUACCAUCACUAACCUGGUAGAAAACCAAGAUUAUAAAAUCAACAUUUGUGCAGUUAACUGUGAAGGGGUUGGAGAGCCAGCACAAGUGCCUGGUACACCAAUUGCAGAGGAUAGGCUGCUUCCUCCUGAAAUUGACCUUGGUGCAGAGCUUCGUAAGGUUGUCUGCGUUAGAGCUUGCGGCACAUUGAGACUCUUUGUACCUAUUAAAGGAAGACCAGCUCCUGAGGCCAAGUGGUCCAGAGAAAAUGGAGAGCCUGUUACGAGAGCAACUAUUGACACCACAUCAUCAUUUACUGCUCUUAUGGUGGAAUAUGUUGACAGAUUUGACAGUGGAAAGUACAUGUUGACAGUGGAAAACGCCUCAGGAAGCAAAACAGCAUAUGUGAAUGUCAGAGUGCUGGACACACCUGGAGCACCACAAAGCCUCAUAAUCAGGGAGGUCACCAGAGACUCAGUAUCACUCAUGUGGGACGCACCCCUUAUUGACGGUGGCUCCAGAAUUAGAAACUACGUUGUGGAGAAACGUGAAUCAACAAGAAAAGCUUACUCCACAGUUUGUGCUCAAUGCGUUAAAUCCAGCUGGAAAAUUGGUGGCCUGGAGGAAGGAAACACAUAUUUCUUCAGAAUUCUGGCUGAGAAUGAAUUUGGCAUUGGCCUUCCAAUAGAGACUCCUGAGGCAGUCAGAGUAUCCGAGAAGCCACUUCCACCAGGCAAAGUAACUCUUGUUGAUGUUACAGGCACCAGUGUCUCUCUGUCUUGGGAAAAACCAGAUCAUGAUGGAGGAAGCAGAAUCUCAGGAUAUAUUGUUGAAAUGCAGGGCAAAGACAGUGAAACUUGGACCCAGUGUGCAGUUGCAAAAAUCACACAGGCUGUUGUUCUUGGACUGACACAGGGUGAAGAAUAUAUGUUCCGUGUGUCAGCACAUAAUGAAAAAGGAACCAGUGAUCCUCGUCUACUUAGUGUAUCUGUGGUAGCCAAAGAUCUUGUCAUUGCGCCAGUAUUCAAGCUGCUGUUUACCACAUUCAGUGUAUUGGCAGGAGACGAUCUCAAGAUAGAUUUGCGAUAUGCUGCUCGUCCCAAAGCAGUUGCUACCUGGCUCAAGGAUGGUGUCGCACUCAAAGAAACAACCAGAGUCAAUGCUGAUGCCACUGAUACACAUUUGUAUCUUGUGGUCAAGGAAGCCAGUAGGGAAGAUGUGGGCAAGUACACCAUCAAACUUGUAAACACAGCUGGUGAAGCAACAGUGGACAUUGGGGUUGUUGUUCUUGAUAAGCCUGGUCCUCCGACUGGCCCAAUCACUCUUGAUGAAGUCACUUCUGACAGUGUGGUACUGUCCUGGAACCCACCUACAUAUGUGGGUGGUUGUGCCAUUAACAACUAUGUAGUAGAAAAGAGGGAAACUACCUCCACAAAUUGGCAGAUUGUGUCUGCAACAGUUGCAAGAACCACCAUUAAAGCAGCUCGGUUGAAGACUGGCUCUGAAUAUCAGUUCAGGAUUGCUGCUGAGAACAGAUAUGGAAAGAGUCCAGUACUUAUAUCAGAAAAUAUUGUUGCUCAAUAUCCAUUCAAUCUCCCAAGCGCUCCAGGGACCCCAGUUAUACAAUCAUCUACAAAGGACAGCAUGGUUAUUGUAUGGGAGAAGCCUGGUAGUGAUGGUGGGAGCAAGAUUUUGGGAUAUCACCUUGAGAGUAAGGAGAGAAACAGCCUCCUCUGGGUGAAACAAAACAAACAGCUGAUCCCAGACUCAAGGUUCAAGCUUGGUGGUCUUGAUGAAGGUAUCGAAUAUGAGUACAGAGUUUAUGCUGAAAAUAUUGUUGGGGUUGGCAAAGCUAGCAAAUUGUCAGAAAUUCGUGUAGCAAGAGAUCCCUGUGACAGUCCAGGCAAGCCUGAAGCUGUCAUUGUCACAAGAGGAGCUGUCACUCUCCGAUGGACUAAGCCAGAGUUAGAUGGAGGCAGCAAAAUCACUGGCUACGUUGUGGAGAAGAAAGAGCUGCCUGAAGGGCGCUGGAUGAAGUCAAGUUUUGCCAAUGUCAUUGAGACCCAAUUUCUUGUGACUGGCUUAGUUGAAAACCAGUGCUAUGAGUUCCGUGUCAUUGCAAGAAAUGCAGCAGGUGUUUUUAGUCUUCCAUCAGAGAGCACUGGGUCUAUUACAGCAAAGGAUGAAGUUGAUCCUCCCAAAAUAGAGAUUGACUCAAAGUACUCUUCAACAGUUGUUCUGAUGGCUGGUGAAUCGUUCAACCUUUGUGCAGAUAUUUUUGGCAAACCUGUGCCCUCAGUCCAUUGGAUGAAGAACAACAUAGAAUUAAAAGAUGCUGCACGCCUUGAGAUAAAGAACACCGCUUUUAAAGCAUCUUUGAGUGUUAAGGAGGCAAUCCGUGUUGAUGGAGGCCAAUAUAUCCUACUUUUGAAAAAUGUAGGUGGAGAGAAGGCAGUGAACAUCAAUGUCAAAGUGUUAGACAGACCUGGUCCACCAGGAGGCCCAAUUUCUAUCUAUGGAGUCACAAGUGAAAAGGCUUGUAUUGCCUGGAGACCACCAGCACAAGACGGAGGUAGUGAUGUUUCUCAUUACAUUGUUGAGAAGAGAGAGACUAGCAGAUUGGUUUGGACUCUGGUUGAACCUAAAGUGCAGACUCUAAAUCUGAAGAUCAUAAAACUUGUUCCUGGAAAUGAAUAUGUCUUCCGAGUGAUUCCUGUCAACAAAUACGGAAUUGGCGAGCCUCUUGAAUCCGAGCCAAUGAUUUCCAGAAAUCAAUUUGUGACACCUGAUCCACCAACGGAUGUGGAAGUCUCUACCAUCACAAAAGAUUCAAUGGUGGUAACCUGGGAAAGACCUGAAAACGAUGGUGGCAAUGCCAUUUCUGGAUUUGUCAUUGAGAAGCGUGAUAAAGAAGGUGUGCGCUGGACCAGAUGCAAUAAGCGUACAGUGAGUGAGCUGCGCUUCAGAGUAGCCGGUCUUCUUGAGAACCGCAGUUAUGAGUUCCGAGUUUCAUCUGAGAAUGCUGCUGGAGUUGGUAAACCAAGUGAACCCACUAUUUACUAUAAAGCAUUGGACGCUAUCUUCACAUCAGGUCCACCAAAUAAUCCCAAAGUGACUGACACAACAAGAACAUCUGUGUCCUUGUCAUGGGGAAAACCUAUCUAUGAUGGAGGCUGUGAGAUUCAAGGAUACUUAGUGGAGGCCUGUGAAGGAGCAUCUGAUGAAUGGACAAUGUGCACUCCACCUGCUGGAAUCAUAAACACUAAAUUGACAGUUACAAAACUACUAGAGAAGCACGAGUAUAAAUUCAGAGUCUGUGCCAUAAACAAGGUUGGUGUUGGUGAGCAUGCAGAUGUCCCUGGAUCAGUUCUUCUAGAGGAGAAAUUGGAAGCACCAGAUCUUGAGCUUGACGCUGACAUGAGGAAGAUGAUUAAUGUCAGAGCUGGAAGCGCUCUUAGGUUGUUUGUUCCUGUUAGGGGACGGCCAGCUCCUGAACUGAAAUGGGGAAAAGCUGAUGGAGAACUCAAGGAGACAGCACAGAUUGACAAUACAAGCAGUUACGCCUCACUUCUGAUUGAAAACGUUGACAGAUUUGACACUGGCAAGUACACUGUUACUGCAGAGAAUUCCAGUGGAGUUAAAUCUGUCUUCAUCAGUGUCAGAGUGCUUGAUUCACCUAGUAUGCCUGCAAAUUUCGCUAUUAAGGAGAUAACAAAGAACUCAGUCACCCUUACUUGGGAGCCACCUAUUUUGGAUGGUGGGUCUAAAAUUAAGCAAUAUCAUGUUGAAAAACGAGAAAGCACUAGGAAAGUGUAUUCCCCUGUCACAUCCUGUCACAAGAUGUCGUGGAAGAUUGAACCACUUGUGGAGGGAAGUAUCUAUUUCUUCAGAGUUCUUGCUGAAAACGAGUGGGGCAUUGGCUUACCUGCAGAGACACCAGAACCCUUAAAGAUUUCAGAGGUACCUCAACCUCCCGGGAAAGUAACAGUUCUGGACGUGACACGUAACAGUGUCUCACUUAAGUGGGAGAAACCAGAUCAUGAUGGAGGCAGCAGAAUAAGCCAUUAUGAGAUUGAAAUGCAAUCCAGGGAUAGUGACAAAUGGACAUUAUGUGCUCAAUGUAAAUACCUUGAAACUACUGUUUGUAGCUUAGCCCAAGGAGAGGAGUACCAAUUCAGAGUAAUUGCGGUCAAUAGCAAAGGAAAGAGUGACUCUAGACUUCUGGCCAAUCCAGUAGUAGUAAAGGACCUUGUCAUUGAACCUGACAUAAGACCUAAAUUGACACAGUACAGUGUACAGGUCGGCUAUGAUCUGAAGAUUGAAGUUCCAAUUGCUGGACAUCCUAAACCAGUCAUUACAUGGACAAAGGAUGGUGCUGCCCUGAAACAAACCACAAGAGUUAAUGUUGUCGACAGUGCACGCAAUACACAUCUAACCAUCAAGGAAGCAACAAAAGACGAUGGUGGAUUGUAUAGUAUUAAUAUUACCAAUAUGCAUGGCUCCAAAGAUGCCACCAUUGAAGUAAUCACACUGGAUAAACCUGGCCCACCAACAGGCCCAAUCAAGAUGGAUGACAUCAGUGCUGAAAGUAUCACACUUACCUGGGAACCACCCUCAUACACUGGUGGCUGCCCAAUUUCAAAUUACAUUGUCCAGAAAAGAGAUACAACCACAACCAACUGGGUAGUAGUCUCUGCCACUGUGGCGAGAAAUACCCUGAAAGUGGCAAAUCUAAAAACAGGUGCAGAAUACCAAUUUAGGAUCUGUGCUGAAAACAGAUAUGGCAAAAGUUAUGCUAUUGAUUCGGAACCUGUCCUUGCCCAGUAUCCCUUCAAGGAGCCAGGACCACCAGGAACACCGUACGUAUCUUCAUACACUAAGGAUUACAUGGUUGUGGAAUGGCACAAACCAAUUUCAGAUGGAGGCAGUGCUAUUUUUGGCUAUCACAUUGAGAGAAAGGAAAAGAACAGUAUCCUUUGGACAAAGAUCAAUAAAUCCCUCAUCCAAGACUGUAGAUUUAAAUCUACUCCUUUGGAGGAAGGUAUUGAAUAUGAAUUUAAAGUGUCUGCUGAGAAUAUUGUUGGCAUUGGCGCAUGCAGCAAACUCUCUGAGGGAUAUGUGGCACGUGACCCAUGUGAUCCUCCUGGCACCCCAGAGGCUAUCAUUGUAACCAGGCACUCCGUGAAACUGAAGUGGACAAGACCACAGGAUGACGGUGGCAGUCUGAUCACAGGCUAUGUGGUGGAGAAACGCAAUCUCCCAGAGGGAAGGUGGAUGAAGGCAAGUUUCACAAAUGUCAUUGAAACCAUAUUCACAGUUCUUGGUCUAACUGAAGACUGCAAAUAUGACUUCAGAGUCAUAGCUAGGAAUGCCGCUGGGUCUAUCAGCAAGCCCUCUAAGAGCACAGGAUCCAUCACAGCAAAGGAUGAAGUUGAUCCUCCAAAAUGUGAAGUUGAGUCAGUGUACAGUCAGGUUGUUAUCAUCAAUGCUGGGGAAACAUUUACACUUGAGGCCGCUGUACAAGGAAAGCCAAUUCCCACAGUUCAAUGGUUCAAGAGUGAAGCAUUAGUGGAGAAUUCAGCAAGGGCUGAGAUUAUGAAUUCAGAUUUCCAAGCAAAGCUUGUUGUCAAAGAUGCUAUCAGAGUGGAUGGAGGACAAUAUACUUUGCUUCUAACUAAUGUUGCUGGAGCUAAAACUGUAACGUUCAAUGUGAGAGUACUGGACAGACCUGGGCCCUCUCAGGGACCCCUCACUGUCAGCAAUGUCACAUGCGAGAAAUGCUCACUGUCCUGGCUUCCUCCAAGAGCUGACGGUGGCAGCAGCAUUUCCCACUACGUCAUUCAGAAGAGAGAGACUAGCCGUCUUGCAUGGACUGUGGUUGCUAGCGAUUGUGGAGCUACAAUGUUCAAAGUCACAAAGCUUCUGAUGGGAAAUGAGUACAUUUUCCGUGUUAUGGCUGUCAACAAAUUUGGUACUGGUGAACCUCUUGAAUCAGCCCCAGUUUUAAUGAGAAAUCAAUUUGUUACUCCUGGACCACCUCAAGAAUUGGAAAUAGCCAAUAUCGCAAGGGAUUCCAUGACUGUGUGCUGGACUCGCCCAGAGGUUGAUGGUGGAAGUGACAUUGCUGGUUACAUUGUUGAGAAAAGAGAUAGAGCUGGAAUCAGAUGGACAAAAUGCAACAAACGCAGAGUCACAGACCUUCGCUUCAGAGUGACAGGCCUGACAGAGGAUCAUGAAUAUGAAUUCAGAUUAUCUGCUGAGAAUGCUGCAGGAGUCGGCCAACCAACUGAACCAACUCCUUACACCAAAGCCUGUGAUCCAACCUUUGAGCCUGGCCCUCCCACUAAUGCACAUGUGGUUGAUACUUCCAAGAACUCCAUUACACUCGCAUGGAGCAGACCCAUUUACGAUGGUGGAGUCGAUAUCCAGGGAUAUGCUGUGGAGAUCUGCAAAGCUGAUGAGGAUGAAUGGACCCUAUGCACUCCACCAACGGGAGUGAAUGCAACUACCUUCAAAAUCACCAAACUUACUGAGCAUCAAGAAUAUAAGGUGCAAGUAUGUGCCAUCAAUAAAUUGGGUAUUGGUGAACCUGCUGAAAUUCUAGGAACCGUAAAACCGGUAGAUGCAAUGUUUGCCCCAGAGAUAGAGCUGGAUUCAUGGCUAAGGAAAGGAGUCGUUGUGCGUGCUGGAGGAUCCAUGAGGAUCAAUAUUCCAUUCAAAGGACGUCCUACUCCAGAAAUAAGCUGGUCCAAGGAUGAGGGUGAAUUGACUAACAAAGUUCAAAUUGAGAAAGGCGCCAAUUUUACUCAACUGUCAGUAGAUAUCUGUGACAGAAAUGAUGCUGGAAAGUACACUCUGACCCUGGAAAACAGCAGUGGUUCCAAGUCCGCAUUUGUUUCUGUCAAAGUACUUGAUACACCAGGAGCACCCGUAAACUUCACAGUGAAAGAUAUUAAGAAAAACUCUGUGAACCUUGUUUGGGAGCCCCCACUCAUUGACGGAGGCGCGAGGGUCAAGCAUUACUUUGUUGAGAAGCGUGAAUCCACCAGGAAAGCUUAUUCCAACAUUUCAAACAAGUGUACAAGGAACAGUUUCCAUGUGGGAGAUCUCAAUGAGGGGGUAAUUUAUUACUUCAGAGUUAUGGCUGAGAAUGAAUAUGGUGUAGGCCUGACAGCAGAAACAGCUGAGCCAGUGAAGACAUCAGAAGUCCCUCUGCCUGUAGGAAAGGUCACGUUGACUGAGGUGACUAAGACAACCGCUUCGAUGGCAUGGGAAAAACCAGACCAUGACGGUGGAAGUAGGAUAAUGGGAUACUGCAUAGAAAUGCUGCCUGCAGGAUUAGAAGAAUGGAUCCUAUCCACAACCACAAAGACAUGUGAGGGAACUGUAGAAGGCCUAACCGCAGGUCAAGAAUACCAGUUCAGAGUUUCAGCCUUUAAUGACAAAGGAAAGAGUGACACAAGGGUAUUAGCUGUGCCUGUCAUAGCUAAAGAUGUGACUAUUGAACCUAGUUUUGUAAUGGCAUUCAACACCUUUAGUGUCCAACAUGGUGAAGAUCUGAAGAUGGAAAUACCAGUGAGAGGACGCCCAGCACCAAAAGUGGUAUGGACAAAAGAUGGACAGGCAAUUAAAGAAACAACCAGGUUGAAUGUUUCAAGAACAGCAUCAUCAACAAUCCUUGCUAUAAAAGAGGCAACUAGAGUGGAUUCUGGCAAGUACAAAAUCACAGCUACCAACACUGUAGGAGAAAAAGUUGCAGAAAUCGGAGUGAUCAUCCUCGAUAAACCUGGCCCAGUCACAGGGCCUAUAAAGAUUGAGGAAGUGAGUUCCAAUUAUGUAAACCUUGCAUGGGAAUCACCUGCAUACACAGGAGGAUGUCAAAUAAACAAUUACAUUGUGGAAAAGCGUGACACAACAACCGUAGCAUGGCACUGUGUGUCUGCAACCGUUGCAAGAACAACUAUCAAAGUUACCAAGCUGAAAACCGGUACUGAAUACCAGUUUAGGGUGUUUGCAGAAAACAGAUAUGGAAAGAGUCCGUCAUUGGACUCAGCAGCUGUUGUUGUGCAAUAUCCUUUCAGUGAACCUCUUGCACCUGGUACUCCAUUUGUGUCAUCAGUAACUAAGGACAACAUGGUUGUUGAAUGGAAAGUACCAACCAGUGAUGGAGGCAGUCCAGUCCUUGGUUACCACCUCGAACGCAAAGAGAAGAACAGCAUUCUCUGGACUAAGUUGAACAAACUGCUCAUUCCUGACUGUCGAUUCAAAACAAAUGAACUUGAAGAGGGCAUUGAGUAUGAAUUCAAGGUCUUUGCUGAGAACAUUGCUGGCAUGAGUUCACCGAGCAAGAUUUCUGAUGUUUGUGUUGCCAGAGACCCAUGUGAUCCACCUGGUACCCCUGAGGCUAUUGAUAUUACCAGGAACCACGUUACACUGUCGUGGACAAGGCCUCAUUAUGAUGGUGGUAGCCUGAUCACAGGCUAUGUUGUUGAAAGGAAGAAGCUGCCUGAUGGCCGUUGGAUGAAGGCUAGCUUCACAAACGUAAUUGAGACUCAAUUUACAAUCUCAGGUCUGACUGAAGAGUGUGAGUAUGAAUUUAGAGUAAUUGCAAAGAAUGCUUCUGGUAUUUUCAGUAAUCCAUCUGAAAGCACUGGAGCAAUUACUGCUAAAGAUGAAAUUGAAGCACCAACAGCAUCAAUGGAUCCCAAGUUCAAGGACUGUAUUGUCAUCCAUGCUGGUGAAACAUUUGUUAUUGAUGCUGAUAUUUUGGGAAAACCACUCCCUGAAAUCACAUGGUUGAAAGAUGGAAAAGAAAUCGACCAAACUACCCCAAGAAUGGAGAUCAAAACCACCAUUCAACGCACUAUUCUAACAGUCAAGGAAUGUAUCAGAGUAGAUGGUGGACAUUUUGUCCUGAGUCUUAGCAACGUUGGUGGAACAAAAUCUAUUCCCGUCAAUGUGAAAGUUCUUGAUAGACCUGGUCCACCCGAAGGUCCAAUGAAGAUAACUGGCGUGACUGCAGAGAAAGCCUAUCUUCACUGGAGUCAUCCAUUGCAUGAUGGCGGUGCCAGCUGUUCUCAUUAUAUCAUUGAAAAGAGGGAAACCAGCAGACUGUCAUGGACUGUAGUUGAACCCAGAAUCCAAGCUAUCAGCUACAAAGUGACUAAACUCUUGCCUGGCAAUGAGUACAUCUUCAGAGUUACGGCAGUGAAUAAGUUUGGCAUUGGUGAACCUCUUGAAUCAGACCCAGUUAUUGCACGUAAUCCUUUCGUGGCACCCAGCGCUCCCUCAACACCUGAAGCAAGUGCUAUUACAAGGGACUCAAUGGUCCUUACAUGGGAACGUCCAGAAGAUAAUGGUGGCUCAGACAUUGAUGGCUAUGUCCUGGAGAAAAGAGAUAAAGAGGGAAUUAGAUGGACCAAAUGCAACAAGAAAAGACUUAAUGACAUCAGGUUCAGGUGCACCGGACUCACCGAGGGACAUUCCUUUGAGUUCAGAGUAUCUGCUGAAAAUGCUGCUGGUGUGGGAGUACCAAGUGCACCAACAGAAUACAUAAAAGCCUGUGAUGCCACAUAUUCACCUGGUCCUCCUAACAACCCUAAGGUGACAGACCACUCAAGCACAACUGUAUCCCUCUCAUGGGCAAGACCCAUCUAUGACGGUGGAGCAGCCAUCAAAGGAUAUGUUGUUGAGAUGAGAGAAGAAGGGGGUGAUGAAUGGAUAACCUGUACACCAUCAACUGGUGUCCAAGCAACACACUUCACAGUGAAAAAACUGAGGGAAAAUGCAGAGUACUAUUUCCGCAUCUGUGCAAUUAACAUUGAAGGAGUUGGUGAGCAUGCUGAUGUUCCAGGGUCUGUUGUUGCAUCUGAAAGAAUUGAGGCCCCUGAGAUUGAACUUGAUUCAGACCUUAGGAAAAUGGUCCAAGUACGAGCAAGUGCAACACUGCGUUUGUUUGUCACAAUCAAAGGAAGACCUGAACCUGAAGUAAAGUGGUCCAAGAUGGACGGCCCUCUUACUGAGCGUACCCAAAUUGAGGUCACAAGCUCCUACACAAUGCUUGUCAUCGACAAUGUCAACAGAUUUGACACUGGCAAGUAUGUGUUGACUCUUGAGAACCUUAGCGGUCAAAAAUCGGCAUUCAUUAAUGUCAGAGUGUUGGACUCACCAAGUGCCCCUGAGAACUUUGAAGUCAAGGACAUUAAGAGAGAUUCUGUAUCACUAUCCUGGGAGCCUCCUAUGAUUGAUGGUGGAGCUAAGGUCACACAUUACAUUGUGGAAAAGAGAGAUACUACAAGACUGGCAUUUACAAGUGUUUCAAAUAACUGUGUAAGAAAUUCCAUGAAGAUUGAUGACCUUACAGAGGGUGGAAUUUACUAUUUCCGCGUCAAAGCUGUCAAUGAGCUUGGUGUGGGUUUGCCAGCAGAAACAACAGAACCAAUCAAGGUAUCCCAAUCCCCCUUGCCUCCAGGCAAAGUUACAGUUGUAGAUGUUACUCGCGACAGUGUGAGUCUCGCAUGGGAAAAGCCUGAUCAUGAUGGUGGUAGUAAAAUCACAAGCUACACAGUAGAAAUGCAAACCAAGUGUGAUGAGAAAUGGACUGUAUGCACUGAGAUCAAAGCAUUGGAAGCAACUAUUGGUGGACUCACAACUGGAGAGGAAUAUGCAUUUAGGAUUACUGCUGUCAAUGACAAAGGCAAGAGUGAACCUAAGCCACUGGCAGAUCCUGUCGUAGUAAAGGACAUUACAAUCGAACCUAUCAUCGAUCUGAUGUUCAACACAUACAGUGUCAAGGCAGGAGACGAUCUAAAGAUUGAUGUUCCAUUCAGAGGCAGACCUGAACCUGAGGUUGCAUGGAAAAAAGAUGGAGCUGUAUUGAAGCAGACAACCAGGGUGAAUGUUCUAGCAGCUAAGAAUUCAUCGAAAAUUACAAUCAAAGAUGCAACCAGGGAGGACUUCGGGAAGUAUGAGAUCACUUUAACCAAUGCAGUUGGCAAGAAAUCAGCCACCAUAGCUGUUAUCAUUUUGGAUAAACCUGGCACACCAACUGCAAUCAAAGUAGAUGAAGUAAGUGCUGACAAUAUUUCACUGUCUUGGGACGCCCCACUCUAUGAUGGAGGAUGUCAAAUCAACAACUAUGUUGUGGAGAAGAGAGAUACCACCACUACAACAUGGCAGAUUGUUUCAGCCACAGUUGCCAGAACAUCAAUUAAAGUUACCCGCUUGACACAAGGCACUGAAUAUCAGUUCCGUAUUGCAGCUGAAAACCGCUAUGGCAAGAGCCAUGCCGUGGACUCCGCGCCAAUUGUUGCACAGUACCCCUUUGAGACACCUGGCCUUCCCACUUCCCUCCAUGUUGCCCGUGCUACAAAGUCUGGCAUAUUGGUUGCAUGGGGUAAACCAGCCAGUGACGGUGGAAGUCCAGUCAUCGGUUAUCACCUGGAAAUGAAAGACCAUAGCAGUAUUCUCUGGACAAAGAUCAACAGAGGUCUCAUUGCUGAAACAGAAUUCAAAGUGGUUGGCAUUGAGGAAGGCUUGCUGUAUGAGUUCCGUGUUUAUGCUCAGAAUGUUGCUGGAAUUGGACCUUGCACCAAAGCAUCUGAGCCUGUAGCUGCAAGAGAUCCUUGUGAUCCACCUGUUAACCUUGAGGUCAUUGACAUCACAAGAACUUCAGUUUCCAUUACUUGGCAGGCGCCAAAGCAUGACGGUGGAGCCAAGCUGACUGGCUACAUUGUUGAACGCAGGGAGCUUCCAGAUGGGCGUUGGCUGAAAUGCAAUUUUGCCAAUCUCCAGGACACAUACUUUGACAUUACAGGCCUUACGGAGGAUGUACAAUAUGACUUCCAUGUUAUUGCAAAGAAUGCAGCUGGAUUACUCAGUGAGCCAUCACUGGGCACAGGUGCCAUCACAGUCAAGGAUGAGGUGGAUUCACCUCGCAUUGAGUUGGAAGACAGGUUUAGGAAAUUAGUAGUUGUCAAAGCUGGAGAUAUUUUGAGAAUUGAUGCAGAUAUUUCUGGACGCCCACGUCCAGUCAUUGCAUGGACAAAGGAUGGUAAAGAAAUUGAUGCCAAGGCAAGAGUGGAGAUUACUUCAACACACAGCACCACCACAUUGAUAGUCAGAGACACUAUCAGAAGAGACACUGGACAGUACAUUGUAACUCUACAGAACGUUGCUGGUACAAGGUCCUUGGCUGUAAACUGUAAGGUCCUUGACCGUCCUGGACCAUCCUCUGGACCAUUGGCAGUCACUGGUCUGACAGCCGAGAAGUGCACUUUGACCUGGGGACCACCUCAAGAAAAUGGUGGUGCAGAAAUCAUGCACUACAUCGUUGAGAAACGUGAAACCAGCCGUCUCGCCUGGACUUUAGUAUAUGGAGAUAUGAAGGCUUCAACAUGUAAAGUCACCAAACUGCUUAAAGGAAAUGAAUACAUCUUCAGAGUAAGGGGAGUGAACAAAUAUGGAGACGGUGAAGCCCUAGAGAGUGAGCCCACCAGAGCCAAGAAUGCAUACACUGUCCCUGCAGCACCAACAUAUGUUGAAAUCACCAGUAUCACAAGUGAUGCAAUGACAAUCUGCUGGGAAAGACCUGAAUCCGAUGGAGGAAGCAGCAUUUAUGGCUAUGUUAUUGAGAAACGAGAGAAAAUUGGAUUGCGCUGGGUACGCGUGAACAAAAAGCCUGUGUAUGACCUCAGAGUCAAGGCAUCCAAUCUCCGUGAGGGUGCUGAAUAUGAGUACAGAGUCUAUGCAGAAAAUGCUGCAGGCUUGAGUCUCCCAAGUAUUCCUACCGAACUAACAAAGGCGGAGGAUCCCCAAUUCCUGCCAUCUCCACCACCUAAACCGAAAGUUAUUGACUCAACUAAGACUACUGUUACUCUUUCAUGGAAUAAGCCAUUGUUCGAUGGUGGUGCUCCUGUGACAGGAUACUGUGUUGAAUACAGGAGAACAGACGAAUAUGAUGAUGACUGGUGUGUCGGUGUUUCAAACACAAAAAACACUGAAUUCACCGUCGUUGGAUUAACUUCUGGAGCAGAAUAUCUAUUCGUUGUCAAAUCUAUCAACAAGAUUGGUCUCAGUGAGCCAAGCCCCCCUACGGAUCCACAGGUGGCUAAAGAGAGAGAAGAGGAACCAGUAUUUGAUAUCAGCAAUGAGAUGCGAAAGACACUCAUUGUAAAGGAUGGCAGUUCAUUCACCCUAACUGUGCCAUUCAGGGGCAAGCCUGUCCCUAAUGUUAUGUGGACCAAGGCUGCUGUUGAUCUGAGAGUGAGGGCCAGUAUUGAUACCACUGACACAUUCACGUCUAUUACAGUGGAACAAGCAACAAGAGAUGACUCUGGAAAAUAUAUUGUGACUCUCCAAAAUAUAGCUGGAAAAGUCGCAUGCACAUUAAAUGUCAGGGUUCUUGACUCUCCUGGGCCACCAUCUCAUGUUGGGGUCAAGGAUGUCACGAAGAGCUCUGCAACAGUUACAUGGGAUACUCCAGAUAAUGAAGGUGGCGCUGCUGUAAAGAACUACCUUGUUGAUAUUCGUGAGGCAAGCAAAAAGGGAUGGACCAGACUCACAGAUACCUGCCCUCGUCUGACCUACAAAGUGACAGACCUGGUGGAGGGAGGAGUGUACUACUUCAGAGUCUCUGGUGAAAAUGAAUAUGGAGUUGGCUUAUCAGCUGAGACCAAAGAUGGAGCAAAGAUUACAGAAAAACCCAGUCCACCAGCAUCACUUGGAGUCAGCGAUAUAACCAAGGAAAGUGUUUCACUUGCAUGGGGCAAGCCUGAGCAAGACGGAGGUAGCAGAAUCACCAGUUACCAAAUCGAUGCUCUUGAGAAGGGUCAGGAUAAAUGGGUGAAAGUUGGUGUCACCAAGUUCACCCACUUGGUGGUCUAUGGCCUGACGCAAAAUGCUGAAUACUUCUUCAGAGUUCGUGCUGAAAACCAUGCUGGAUUCAGUGACGCUAAAGACAUGAUUCUGCCUGUAACAGUUAAAGACCAGCAUGACCCUCCUGAGAUCAACAUGAAGAAGUUCCCUCACAAUACAGUCUACGUCAGAGCAGGAUCAAACCUGAAAUGUGAGAUCCCACUUACUGGUAGACCUAUGCCAAAGGUUUCUCUUUCGAAGGACGAUGUUGCACUGAAGUCAACUACAAGAUUCAACUCUGAAGUAACCCCUGAAUACCUCAUCAUUACUCUCCGUGAGAGCAUUGCUAUUGAUUCAGGAAGGUAUGACAUCUGUGCCUCCAACACAAGUGGAACCACCAAGUCUUUCGUUAACAUUGUGGUGCUGGAUAGACCAAGCGCCCCAGUUGGUCCUGUGGAAAUGACUGACGUGACAGAGGACAGUGUGAGUCUGAAGUGGUCUCCUCCUCGUUAUGACGGUGGAAGCGUCAUUUCAAAUUACAUAAUCCUCAAACGUGAAACAACCAACGCCAACUGGACUGAGGUCUCCUCGGCUGUCGCAAGAUGCACCAUGAAAAUCAUGAAGCUUACAACAGGACUAGAGUACCAGUUCAGAAUCAGGGCUGAGAAUCGCUACGGCAUCAGUGAGCACAUCGACUCUCCAACCGUCAGAGUGGAUCUGCCCUACACUGUCCCUGUAGCUCCUUCAGCUCCUACGGUUACAUCUGUAACCAGAGAGAGCAUCACUGUAGCCUGGAAGGAGCCAGCCUCCAACGGAGGAAGCCAUGUUUUUGGAUACCACCUCGAGAUAAAGGAUAGAAACAGCAUCUGUUGGCAGAAGGUUAACAAGACUGUUAUCCGUGCCACACACUACAAGGUGCCAAACAUUGCUGCCGGCCUCAUCUAUGAGUUCAGGAUCGUUGCAGAAAAUGCAGCUGGAUGCAGUCCACUCAGCAAGAUCUCAGACGCAGUACUUGCAAUUGAUGCUUGCGAGGCUCCAACCAAUGUCAGGAUCACUGACAUCACGAAGACUUCCAUCAGCAUCGCAUGGCAGAAGCCCAAUUAUGAUGGCGGUAGCAAGAUCACAGGAUACCUGAUUGAGAAGAAAGAGGGCGAGAAAGACAGAUGGACGAAGGCCAACUUGACCAACGUUUCCGAAACACAUUAUACUGUGACAGGACUUACUCAGGAUGAGACCUAUGAAUUCAGAGUCAUGGCAAAGAAUGCAGUUGGAUCAGUUAGCAAUCCAUCCAUCAUUGCAGGCCCUGCAACUUGCGUGGAUACAUAUGGUGCCCCUGAGAUUGAAAUUCCUGAUGAAUAUCGCGAGGUUGUGAAACACAAAGCUGGAACCACUGUCGAGCUUAGAUUUGGAAUCAUUGCCAAACCAGCUCCUACAAUUGAGUGGUACAAGGACGGAAAGGAACUUGACCCCAGGGCCCAGGCUCAGCUGGUACAGAACAACGCUGCUGAUAGUUCCACUCUUAUCAUCAGAGAUACCACACGUCUCAACUCCGGAACAUAUGAGAUGAGACUGAAGAACUCUUUGGGCUCAGCAUAUGCCUACGUCAGAGUACAAAUUCUUGAUAAACCUGGACCACCACCUGGCGAGAUUCAGCUCAAGAAGGUCACUGCUAACAGUAUCACCAUCAUGUGGGGUCCUCCUGAGGAUGAGGGUGGUGCAAUGGUUACCCACUACAUUGUGGAGAAACGGGAGGCCAGCAGAAUUCAAUGGUCCAUUAUCUCUGAGAAUUGGGCAGAAUGUAUCGUGAAUGUCCCAAGACUGAUCAAAGGCAAUGAGUACAUCUUCCGUGUCCGGGGUGUUAACAAAUAUGGAGUUGGAGACCCACUGGAAUCUGAACCCGUAGAGGCAAAAAAUGCAUUUGUUCCUCCAAGUCAACCUUCCAAGCCUCAAGUAACCAUGAUCACACACUCUUCAAUGACGGUGGUAUGGGAAAGACCUGGAAUUGAUGGCGGAAGUGACAUAGAUGGAUAUUACCUGGAAAAACGAGAGAAGACAAGCUUGCGUUGGUUCAAGGUUAUCAAAGACACCAUUCGUGAUACAAGACAGAAAGUCAGCAACCUGCUCACUGGAAAGGACUAUCAGUAUCGUGUAUGUGCCGUUAACAAGGCUGGAACUGGUCCGUACUCCAAAGAGUCUGACCUCUUCAAAGCUGCUGACGCAGUUGACCUACCAGGUGAACCAACCAAACUCAGAGUAGUCGACUCCACCAAAACAUCCAUCACCCUGGGCUGGGUGGCGCCAGUGUAUGAUGGUGGCAGCGAGAUUACCAGCUACAUUGUUGAGCAGAUGAACUCUGAAGAAAGGGAAUGGGCUGUCAUCAGCCACAAUGGAGAAGUGAGGACAACAGAGUAUGUUGUGAAUCACCUGAAACCAGGAACCUAUUACUUCUUCCGUGUCGCUGCAGUCAACUGUCUGGGACCCAGUCAACCAAUCGAGAUGUACCAGCCUGUUCAAUCCAAGGAUAUUCUUGAGGAAGCCGAUCUCAAUUUGGAUGUUCCCAUGACAACUCAAUACACUGCCAAGGCAGGAAGGGAUAUUGAGGUGUUUAUUCCUCUGAAGGGCAGACCUGCACCAAACUGCACAUGGAGAAGACAUGACAAGAACAUGGCCAGUGAUGCAAGAUACACUAUCACCAGCACAGAACGUACAACAGUUCUUGUCAUUCCAAAGGUCACCCGCGAUGACUGCGGCAAAUACUACCUGGAGAUUGAGAAUGGUGUUGGAGAGUCCAAGUUCAUCACUGUGUCUGUCAAGGUUCUUGACACCCCAUCCAUUUGCCAGAAACUGAUCAUCAAGAAUGUCACCAGAGGCAAGUUGACCCUGAGCUGGGAAGCUCCUCUGAUCGAUGGUGGUUCCCCAAUCACCAACUACAUUGUGGAGAAGAAAGACGCUAACAACAGAGCAUAUACAGUCGUGUCAUCAGAGUGCCCCAACACAUCAUACAAGAUUGACGGUCUGUCGGAUGAAAUCGCAUACUUCUUUAGAGUGUCUGCUGAGAAUGAGCAUGGUACUGGUGAUACAUGUGAGACUGCAGAGCCAGUCAGGGCCACUGAGACCCCCGGACCAGUCAAAGAGCUGGUCAUGACAGACGCUACUAAGACAUCAGUGACUCUUCACUGGACCAAACCCGACCAUGAUGGUGGUAGCUACAUUUCAGACUAUGUCAUUGAGACAAAAACUAAAGAGGACGAAACCUGGACCGUUGCUACAACAUGCAAACGUUGCACAUGUGAAGUUAAAAACCUGAAGGAAAACUCUGUUGUAGACUUUAGAGUGUUUUCUAAGAAUGAGAAUGGCAACAGUGAUUUCUCUCAGAUUGGGCCCAUAACUGUAAAGGAGUUUAUUAUUCCACCUGAGGCCAACAUGAUAGAUUAUCCAAAUGGCGAACUCUUUGUUCGCGUCGGUCAAAACAUCCAUAUUGAGAUGCCAUUCAAGGGUAAACCAAAGCCAUCCGUUGGAUGGAUGAAGGAAAACCUUCCCUUGAAGGAAAGUGAACAGAUUCGCUUCCGUGAAACAGACAACAAAGUGUCUAUAACAGUCAGAAGUGCAAAGAAAGAGAAUGCAGGCCUAUACACAUUGGUUCUCGACAACAAGCUUAUCAAGAACUUCUUUGAUAUCAAUGUGAUCACUCUCGGACCCCCCUCUGUGCCAGUUGGACCGGUCCGAUUCGAUGAGAUCAAAGCACAGGGCAUUAUUAUAUCUUGGGAUGAACCACAGGACAAUGGAGGUGGAGACAUCACUUGCUACAGUGUGGAGAAACGAGAGACGGCCCAGGCUAACUGGAAAAUGGUUUGCUCUAGUGUGGUGAGGACAACGUUCAAGAUACCCAACCUUGUCAAGGGCACAGAGUACCAGUUUAGAGUGCGUGCAGAGAACAAAUAUGGAGUGAGCGAUCCUUUGAAUUCACCAGACGUGAUCGCCCAACACCAGUACAUGCCACCAGGUGCACCAGGAAAACCAGUCACGUACAACAUUACCAGUGAUGGCAUGACUAUCCAAUGGGAAGCACCCAGCUUUGAUGGUGGCUCACCAAUCACUGGCUACCAUGUUGAAAAGAAGGACAGAAACAGCCUUCUGUGGACCAAGGUCAAUUCCAGCAUAAUAUCUGCCCGUGACUUCAGAAUCAUUCAGCUGAUUGAAGGACUGGAGUAUUCCUUCAGAGUCUAUGCAGAGAAUAAUGCUGGCCUGAGUCCUGUCAGUGAACAGAGCAAACAUGCCCUUGCAAUCUCCCCAGUUGAUCCACCUGGUACUCCUAACGUCAUUGAUGUCACAAGAGACACCGUCACACUUAAAUGGGAUACACCCAAGAAAGAUGGGGGAUUUAAGAUUGUGGCGUACAGUGUGGAGCGACGCCAGGGCAGAGGCAAAUGGUUGAGAUGCAACUUCACAGACAUUAGUGAUUUGCAAUUCACCAUCACCGGACUUUCUGCUGGUGAUCGCUAUGAAUUCAGAGUGAUUGCCAGAAAUGCUGUCGGCACAGUCAGUCCACCCUCGCAGUCCUCUGGCUAUGUCAUGACCAAAGAUGAAAGUGUUUCUCCCGACAUUGAGUUCAGUGCUGAUACUGCUCUUGUGUACAAGGCUGGUGAAAACAUCAAACUGAACUGCAGUAUCACUGGACGACCAGUGCCUCAGGUCAUAUGGUACAAGAACGGUAAAGAGGUCGACAAGAAGAUGUUGAUUGAUAUCACAACUAACAUCGGCUCCAGCAGCCUUUUCAUCAGAGAUGCUGAUCGCGACCACCGCGGAGUGUACAUGGUGGAAGCCAAGAACAGCUCUGGAACAAAGACAGAGAGUGUCAACAUCAGAGUCUCAGAUACUCCUGGACCACCUGAGGGACCAGUGCGUUUCACUGGUAUCACUGCAGAAAAGGCAACUGUCUGGUGGAACCCGCCAGAGAACGAUGGAUGUGCUGCAAUCCUCUAUUAUACGGUGGAGAAGAGAGAAACAUCUAGGAUCUCCUGGGCAAUGGUGACAAGCAAGUGUGAAGCUUGUUCAUUCAACGCCACCAAGCUGAUCAAGGGCAACGAGUACCAGUUCCGUAUCUCUGCUGUCAACAAGUUCGGAGUUGGACGUCCUCUUGACUCUGAUUCAUUCAUUGCACAGAUGCAAUUCACCGUUCCAGAAUCCCCAGGAACACCAGACGCCACAAAUGUGACUGGAGACACCAUCACAAUAGGCUGGACAAGACCCAGAUCAGAUGGUGGAAAUGAGAUAAAGCACUACAUCCUGGAGAGACGUGAGAAGAAGAGUUUGCAAUGGGUGAAGGUUUCAUCCAAGAGGCCAAUCACUGAGCUCAGACACAGAGUGACACACCUGACCGAAGGUAAUGAAUAUGAAUUCCGUGUCAUGGCUGAAAAUGGUGCCGGAAUCGGACCAGCAAGCAGCACAUCAAGACUCUUCAAGUGCAGGGAGCCAACAAGCGCACCAAGUGCUCCUUCACUGGUGAAGGUCACCGACUCCACAAAGUCAUCUGUCACCCUGGAAUGGAUCAAGCCUGUGUUUGAUGGUGGAAUGGAGAUCAUUGGCUACGUCAUUGAGAUGUGCAAGGCAAGCCUUAAUGAAUGGCACCAAGUCAAUAGAACAACUUGCAUCAACACCACAUACACCGCUAAAGGUUUAAUGGCUGGUGAGGAAUAUAGGUUCCGUGUUCGUGCAGUGAAUGGGUCUGGAAAAGGAGAAGCAUGUGUAGUUCCUAAUCCUGUGCAAGCUGUUGAUAGACUGACGUCACCAGAAAUCACCCUUGAUGCAGACUUCAAACAGACACACGUUGUGAAGAACGGUGCCACCGUCACUCUUCAUAUUGCCUUCUGUGGUAAACCAGCUCCGCUGGCUACAUGGACCAAGGCAGGUGGAGAACUUGGUGUUAUGGCAGAUGUCAACACAACUGACACAUACAGUACCUUGACCAUUGAGAGCUGUACCAGAUAUGACUCUGGAAAAUAUACCUUAUCUCUUGAGAACAACGGUGGCCGCAAAUCUAUCACAUUUACCGUGAAGGUGCUUGAUACACCUGGACCUCCAGGAGCUAUCAGCUUCAAGGAUGUGACCAGAGGAGCUCUGACAAUGCUGUGGGAUGCUCCAACCAACGACGGCGGAGCCCGCAUUCAGCACUACAUCGUAGAAAAGCGUGAGGCUAGUCGUCUCAGCUGGAAGUCAGUCAGCGAAAAGUCCUCACGUCAAAUGAUCAGAAUGACCAACCUAGGCAUAGGUGUGCCUUACCUGUUCAGAGUCAUCGCUGAAAAUAUGUAUGGCAGGGGAGAACCCUGUGAGAUGACUGAACCAAUUACUGCAACUGAGGUGCCUGCUCCACCCAAGAGUCUUGACGUCAUUGACACUACUAAUUCCACUGCUAUCUUGGCCUGGCUGAAACCUGAACACGACGGUGGCAGCCGCAUCACAGGUUACAUUGCUGAAGCCAAAGCAAAGGGCUCUGAUCGCUGGGUUGUUGGCGGUCAAACCAAACUCCUGAAGUUAGUCAUUGAGGGCUUGAUUGAGAACACAGAAUAUGACUUCCGCAUCAAGGCUAUCAAUGAGGCUGGUAUCAGUGUCCCAAGAGAUGCCUUAGCAUCCGUUGUCAUCAAGGAGCCUAAGAUUGAGCCCACAGCAGAUCUCAGUGGCAUAACCAACCAGCUCAUCACAUGCAAGACUCACGAUGCAUUCACCAUUGAUAUCCCCAUCAGUGGCAGACCAGCUCCAAAGGCCACCUGGAAACUGGAGGAGAUGAAGCUAAAAGAGACUGAUAGAUUGAUCAUCAAGACUACCACAGAAAAGACCAUCCUGGUGGUAAAAGACAGCAAGAGAGCAGACAGUGGAAAAUACUACCUCACUCUGGACAAUGCCGCCGGAGCAAAGACAUUUGCUGUUACUGUCAAUGUUGUUGGAAGACCCACUCCACCAGUAGGACCCAUUGAAAUCUCUGCAGUGUCAUCAGAAGGCUGUUCAUUGGCUUGGACAGCACCAGAGGAUGACGGUGGAACGGAUAUAGACAACUACAUCAUUGAGAAACGUGAAUCUGGAUCUACAUCCUGGCAAGUGGUGAACUCAAGUUGUAAACGCACCACGAUCAAAGUCAGCCAUCUGACCAAAUACAUGGAGUACACCUUCCGUGUCUCUGCUGAGAGCAAGUAUGGGGUGAGCAAGUCCAUCGAAUCCUCAGCUGUUGUCAUUGAGCAUCCAUUCGUUCCACCAAGUCCACCAACUCGCCCAGAUGUGGUGACAGUAUCUGCUACUGCUAUUGGGAUCAAGUGGGAUCUGCCAUAUGCUGAUGGCGGCAGCAAGGUGACUGGAUACUGGAUAGAGAAGAAGGAGAGAAACACAAUUCUUUGGGUCAGGGAGAACAAGCUCCCAUGCCUGGAUACCCAAUUCAAAGUCUCCAGUCUCAUUGAGGGCCUGGAGUACCAGUUCAGAGUUUAUGCUAUGAAUAUUUCUGGUCUCAGCAAAGCCAGUGAGGCCUCAAGACCAGUAGUGGCUUUGAACCCAGUCGAUCCUCCUGGUAAACCAGAGGUGACUGAUGUCACAAGGUCCUCAGCAACUAUUGCAUGGCGUAUACCAUUCAAUGAUGGUGGCAGCAAGAUUGUCGGAUACGUCGUGGAGCGCAAGCCAUGGAGUGAUGAUGAGUGGGAUGAUGCCCACUGGUUGAAGUGUAACUACACCACCAUCACGGAGACUCACUUCACAGUUGGAGGACUGGGUGAAGGAGAAAUCUUUGAAUUCCGUGUCAUUGCCAGAAAUGGAGCCGGAGUUCACAGUGCACCAUCUGAAACAACAGGACCGAUCACCUGCAGGGAUGAAUACACUCCUCCCAAGGCUGAACUUGACAGCUCUCUUGUUGGAGAGCACGUCACUAUCCGGGCUGGGUCAGACCUGGUCCUUGAUGGUGUAGUUGGUGGUAAACCCGAACCCAUAGUAUGGUGGGCCAAGGGUGACAAGGUCCUGGAGCUGGGAGAGAAAUACUCCCUGACAUACACCAGUUCAAGAGCCAUGGCCAUCAUUAAGUCCUGCAACAGAAAUGACACUGGAAGAUAUGUUCUGACCGCGAAGAACGCCAGUGGAACCAAGACAGUGGCUGUCAAUGUUAAAGUACUCGAUACACCAGGGCCUCCUGAGGACAAGAUCACAAUCACCAGGGUGACAGAGGAGAAGUGCACUGUGUCUUGGAAGAUCCCUCUGGAGGAUGGUGGAGAUCUGGUUACUCAUUACAUUGUUGAUAGGCGUGAGACCAGCAGACUCAACUGGGUAAUCAUGGAGACUGAGUGCAAGACUCUGUCCUGUGUCAGCUCCAAACUGAUUAAGAACAACGAGUACGUCUUCCGUGCCAGAGGAGUCAACAAGUUCGGACCUGGUGUGCCCUUGGAGUCCGAGCCUGUCAUCGCCAGAAACGCAUACACUGUCCCAUCACAACCUGGAGCACCAGAAGUCACGGCUGUAGGAAAAGAGCACGUCAUCCUUGAAUGGAUGAAACCUGAGAGUGAUGGUGGAAGUGAGAUCAAGAAUUACCUGGUGGACAAACGUGAAAAGAGCAGCUCCAGAUGGACCAGGGUCAAUAAGACCUUUACCAUCUACGACAUCCGCCUGAAGAUCUCUGGUCUGCUGGAAGGCAGUGAUUACCAGUUCCGUGUUACAGCCGUGAACACAGCUGGAAACAGCCAGCCCAGUGAAGCCUCUCAGUAUGCCUACUGUAGAGAGCCAACAUACACUCCAGCCCCUCCUUCAAUUCCACGUGUGAUAGAUUCCACCAAGCAUAGCAUUAGCUUGCAAUGGACCAGACCAAUGUAUGAUGGUGGUGCUGAUGUUGUUGGCUACGUGGUGGAGGUGCUUGAGGAAGGAACCGAGCAGUGGUACAGGGCCACUCAGAAGACUCUGAAGACCAAUUUGUUUGUUGCCGCUGGACUUCAAAGCAACAAGAAGUACAGCUUCCGCGUCGCAGGAGUCAAUAGUAAUGGCACUGGGGAAUUCAGCGAACCAAGUGUGGAAAUUGAGCCUGUUGAGAAACUUUCAAUCCCUGAUCUUGAUCUUCCUGAUGAUCUGAAGAAGACUGUGUGUCUGAGAGCUGGUAACACUCUGAGGCUGUUUGUCAAUGUGACUGGAAGACCUGCACCAGUAUUGACCUGGAGGAAACCUGGCAUUGACCUGCAGAGCCGUGGGUUCAUUGAUACAACUGACAGUUACACUCAGCUGAUCGUUGAGAAGGUCCAUCGUUACGAUUCUGGCAAAUACACCAUUGAGGCUGAAAAUCCAUCUGGCAAGAAGUCAGCAACCAUUCUCGUCAAAGUUUAUGAUACUCCUGGACCACCCGGUUCAGUUAGAGUCAAAGACUACACAAAGGAGUCUGUUGUUAUCACAUGGGAUGUACCAAGUAUUGAUGGUGGAGCCCCUGUGAACAACUACAUCAUUGAGAAACGUGAAGCUUCAAUGAAAUCCUACAAGACCGUUACAACAGAAUGCAGGAAGACCUUGUUCAGAAUCACUGGCCUGGAGGAAUCAGUACACUACUUCUUCAGAGUGUUACCAGAGAACAUAUACGGUGUAGGAGAACCAUGUGAAAUCCCUGAAUCAGUGUUGGUCUGUGAAGUUCCCAGCCUUCCUCAGGAUCUGCACAUUGUGGAUAUCGGCAAGACCUCAGCAAUCCUGAACUGGGAAAGACCUCUUCACGAUGGUGGAAGCAGACUGACGGGCUACGUCAUUGAAGCUAACAUCGUUGGAUCAGACAGAUGGAGUGCAGUGGCCACCGUUAAACAGUCCAUGUCCCAGCAUACCGUCACUGGCCUGACUGAGAAGGAGACUUAUCUCUUCAGAAUCAGAGCUACAAACAGCAGAGGAGUCAGCGAGCCUAGGGAGAUUACAGGAUCUGUGGUCAUUCAGGAACAACUACUGGCGCCCUAUAUUGAUCUGACCGGCAUUCCACAGAAGAUUGUCCAUGUGCCAGCCGGCAAACCAAUCAACAUCAAUAUUCCUAUAAAAGCCCAACCUGCUCCAGUUUGCAGCUGGUCCUUCAAUGGUGCUAAGAUGAAGGAUAGUCUUGACCGCGUUAAGAUUGAGUCUAAUGGAAAAUACACCAAACUAACUGUGCGUGAGACAACCAUUGAUGACACUGGUAGCUACACUCUUCAAGUGAAGAAUUCAAUUGGAACUGCAACAGAGAUACUCAAAGUUAUCAUUCUUGAUAAACCUGGAAUACCUAUUGGACCAAUCACAGUUGAUGCUGUUGAUGCCACAUCGGUAACGGUCAGCUGGGAGCCACCAGAGAAGGAUGGCGGCGCCAACGUCAGUGGCUAUGUUGUUGAGCAGCGUGACGCUCACCGCCCCGGAUGGCUACCAGUGUCCGAAUCUGUCACAAGACCCACAUUCAAGUUCACCAGAUUGUCUGAGGGAACUGAGUACGUGUUCCGUGUGGCUGCAACCAACCGCUUCGGCAUUGGAGGAUUCUUGCAGUCUGAAGUUGUUGAAUGCAAGAGUCUCAAGACCGUACCCAGUGCACCAAACAGACCUGAUGUACUGGAUGUGACUCAUGAAGGAAUGACCAUCACAUGGCAGUCACCAGAAGAAGAUGGAGGGUCCCAGGUGUCUGGAUACAUAAUUGAGCGCAAAGAGGUCAGAUCUGAAAGGUGGAUGAGCAUCGUUAAGAACCCAGUCACCAUGACCAGAUACAGAUCAUCUGGUCUGUGCGAAGGCAAUGAGUAUGAGUUCCGCGUGAUCGCCCUGAACUCAAGAGGCUCGAGCAAACCCAGUAUGGCAUCUAAACCAGCUAUCGCCAUGGAUCCCAUUGAGCCUCCUAGCACACCACAGUUCCCCAUGGUUACAGACACCACCAGAACUUCUGUGUCUCUGGCUUGGAGUCCUCCUGAGGAAGAGGGUGGGUCCGUCGUCACUGGUUACCUGAUUGAGAUGCAAAAGGUGGACCAGGUGGAAUGGACCAUGUGCAACACGACACCCAUAAAAAUCUGUGAAUACACUCUGACACACAUGCCUCAGGGAGCUGAGUACAAGUUCCGUGUGAUGGCCUGCAACGCUGGUGGACCCGGAGAGCCAGUCGAGAUCCCAGGAAUCGUCAAGGUUAUAGAAAUGCUUGACUAUCCUGAUUAUGAAUUGGACCCCAAAUAUGAAGAAGGCUAUGUGGUCAGACAAGGAGGAGUCAUCAGGCUGUCUGUGCCAAUCAAGGGUAAACCAGUCCCUAUCUGCAAGUGGACAAAGGAAGGCCGAGAUGUCUCUCACCGAGCUAUGAUCGCCACCAAUGAGGAUAUCACUGAACUUGUGAUCAAAGAAGCCCACAGAGACGACACCGGAACAUAUGACCUGGUGCUGGAGAACAAAUGUGGCAGGAAGGCUGUCUACAUCAAUGUUAAAGUGAUUGGACGUCCAGACGCACCUGAAGGUCCUCUUGAGUUUGAUGAUAUCCAGGCUCGCUCCGUAAGAGUCAGCUGGAGACCUCCCUCUCAAGACGGUGGCUCUGAUAUCCUGGGUUACAUUGUUGAAAGGCGUGAGGUAUCAAAGGUAGCAUGGUACACUGUAGACUCAAGAGUGGUGGACACAGCUCUGGUGGUCAAGGGGCUGAAGGAGAAUGUUGAAUACCACUUCAAGAUCACUGCUGAAAACCAAUUUGGUGUGAGCAGAUCUCUCAAAUCAGAUGAAUGUGUCACUCCAAAGACACCCCUGUCUCCUCCAGAACCUCCAAUCAACCCACCAGAAGUUAUGGAUGUCACAAAGAGCACUGUUGCUCUAUCUUGGGGCAGACCAAAGGAUGAUGGUGGCGCCCGCAUUUCAGGAUAUUACGUUGAGAGGAGAGAGGUGUCCACAGAGAAGUGGGUGCGUCACAACAAGACACACAUCACCACUACAAUGUACACUCUCACUGGACUCAUCCCUGAUGCUGAAUACCUGUUCCGUGUCGUGGCACAAAACGACAUUGGUCAGAGUGAACCUGGACCAGUAUCUGAAAAUGUUAUAUGCAAAGAUCCAUUUGACAAACCCGGUCAACCAGGUGAGAUUGAUAUCAUCUCCGUUGCCAAAGACUUUAUCACUAUUCACUGGCUGCGGCCAGAAUGUGAUGGUGGCAAAGAGAUCCUGGGUUACUGGAUUGAGUUUAGACAAGCAGGAGAAAGUGCCUGGAAGAAAUGCAACAAGGAGCGUUCCAAGGACAGACAGUUCACCAUGGGUGGUCUGAUGGAGGCUACAGAGUACGAGUUCAGAAUCCUUGCAGAAAAUGAAACCGGAAUGAGUAGACCUCGCAGGACCGCCAUGGGCAUCAAGACUAAACUGAGCUUGGGAGAGGCUCCAAGUCUCAAGGAAGACAUGGCAGAUGUCAUUGCAAAACUUGGUGAAUCAGGAACUCUGACAUGCCAGAUUAUUGGACGUCCCCUUCCUGAAAUCAGAUGGUACAGAUAUGGCAAAGAGCUGAUCCAGAGCCGCAAGUACAAGAUGAGUUCUGAUGGUCGCAACCAUUCACUGACAGUGGCCACAGAUGAACAGGAAGAUGAGGGCAUGUACACUUGCAGAGCUGUCAAUGAAGCCGGUGAAACAGAGUCCAGCGGCAAGAUGCGCUUGCAGGCUGCACCUGCUUUCCACCCUGGAUUCCCAUUGAAGGAGAAAUACACUGCAGGGUGUGGAACAAGUCUUCGUCUCCAUGUUGUCUACAUUGGCCGUCCAAUUCCUCAAAUCAUGUGGUUCUAUGCAAAGAAGCCUCUCAACUCUUCUGAAAACGUGAUCAUUGAAAACACUGAGAGUUACACUCAUCUGGUUAUAAGGAAUGUACAGCGCAAGACAAACGCUGGAAGAUACAAGGUGCAAUUGACCAACAAAUUUGGAACUGUUGAAACCACACUCAAGGUUGAAAUUCAAGAUAAACCUACCAAACCCGAGGGGCCUAUUGUUGUUGAUGCUGUGUUGAAGAGCGCAGUGAUCAUCAGCUGGAAACCACCGAAGGAUGACGGUGGAUCAAUGAUCACCAACUACAUUGUGGAGAAACGAGAAGCAAAGGAAGGCGAGCAGUGGCAUCUGGUGUCAUCGUCAGUCUCAGGAAACACUUGCAGGAUUCCAAAUCUGAUUGAAAGUGCUGGAUACUACUUCCGUGUUUCUGCUCAGAACCAAUAUGGAGUCAGUGAGGCACUUGAGGUUCCAAGUGUUCUCAUUAUCAAGAGCCCAUUCGAAAAACCUGGAAUUCCCAUGCAGCCUGUUGUCACAGAAGUGACCAAGGAUUCUUGUCUAGUGUUCUGGAAACCACCAAAAGACGAUGGAGGUGCAAAGAUAAAGAACUAUUUCCUGGAUAAACGAGAGAAGAAACAGAACAAAUGGAUUGCUUGUACAUCCAAUGAAAUCCACGAGACACAUUUCUCUGUAAAAGGCCUUCUUGAGGGCUUUGAGUAUGAGUUCCGUGUGAAAUGUGAAAACAUGGGUGGUGAGAGUGAUUGGAGUGAAGUGUCAGAGGCCAUCAUUCCCAAAUCAGGUCUCACAAUGAAACCUCCUGUCUUCAGAGAAGAAAUGAGACCAGACAUGCUUGUGAAGUUUAAAUCCAAUGCUACAUUUGUCACCAAAAUUGUUGGACAUCCCAUCCCUGCCGUGAAAUGGUACAAGAAUGGCAAAGAAAUUGUUUCAGAUGGAAUCAAAAUCAAAUUGCAAGAAUUCAAGGGAGGCUAUUACCAACUUAUUAUUGCUGAUGCUGAGGAUAGUGACACAGGUGUCUAUCAAGUCAGGGCAACAAACCAAGGAGGAUCUAUCUCUACAACAGUAAAUCUGACUGUUGAAGUUCCUGCCAAGAUCCACCUACCUCUAGAACUGCAAGGCAUGGGGGCAGUCCAUGCUGUCAAGGGUGAAGUGGUUACCAUUAAGAUUCCAAUCAGUGGCAAACCCGACCCUCAAAUCCAAUGGCAGAAGGGACCAGAGAUCAUGGGAUCAUCUGCCCACACUCAAGUGAUUGUCACAAGAUCAUUUACUUCACUCGUCUUUCCUAAAGGAGUUCAGAAGAAGGAUACAGGUUACUAUGUAAUCACUGCCAAGAACAGAUUCGGAGUUGACAAACAGACCAUUGAAGUUGCCGUGGCAGAUGUACCAGAUCCUCCUAAGGGCAUUAAAGUCAGUGAAAUCACUAGAGAUUCCAUCACUCUAACCUGGAGUCCUCCUGAAAAAGAUGGUGGAAGCCCUAUCAUCAACUACAUUAUCCAGAAGUGCCCCACAUCAGGUGACAGGUGGAUCCGUGCUGGUAAAACCAACGAGCCUAAAUACACCAUGAUCGCUCUGUUUGGCAAGACAAAGUACCAGUUCCGUGUCAUUGCGGAGAACCAGUUUGGUCUGAGCGAUCAUUCUGAACCAACUGAGCCUGUUACAACAAUAGAGGAUAAAUCUGUUAUCAGAAACUACGAUGAAGAAGUUGAUGAAGCUAGAGAAGUCACCAAAGAAGAGGCUCCACAUUCAUCAAAGAUCAAGAUGGUGGCUGCCCAUUACACAAUAUCUGAAGAGCUGGCACGUGCCGGAACGUUUGGCGUUGUUCAUCGCUGUGUUGAAAACAAGUCCAAGAAGACAUUCAUGGCCAAGUUUAUCAAAAUUAAAGGUACUGAUCAGGAGCUGGUUGCUAGGGAAAUUGAGACACUCAAUCUUGCUAAACACAAGAACUUCAUGUACCUACACGAGUCCUUUGACAGUUUGGAAGAAAUGGUCUUGAUCUACGAGUUUAUCUCAGGCGUGGACAUCUUUGAACGACUUGGCACAGGCAACUUUGAGCUCUCAGAACUGGAGAUUGUUAGGUACCUGAGACAGGUGUGCUCAGCUCUGAAGUUCUUGCACAAACUCAACUAUGCUCAUUUUGAAAUCAAACCUGACAACAUUGUCUACACCACAAGAAAGAGCACAAACAUCAAAAUUAUUGAAACAGGCCAGGCUAGAUUACUGACUCCUGGAGAAAAUAUCAGAAUCAAUUUCACUGCACCAGAGUACUGUGCACCUGAAGUCCACCGCCAUGGUCUUGUCAGCACUGCAACUGACAUGUGGUCAGUUGGUGUGUUAACGUAUGUGCUCCUCAGUGGACUUAACCCCUUUGCAGCAGAAUCAACCACAAAAAUUAUUGAAAAUAUCUCAAAUGUAGAAUACAUCUUUGACAGUGAGGCCUUCAAAGAGACCAGCAUCGAAGGUAUGGACUUCUGUGACAGACUUCUGUGUAAAGACCUGAAGAAACGUAUGACUGCUCAUGAAGCUUUGGAACAUCCUUGGCUUAGGUUGAAGCUGGAACACCUCAGCACAAAGACUAUCAAAACAUUGAGACACAGAAGAUACUACCAGACGUUGGUGAAGAAAGAAAGAGAGACAAUCGUCUCAGCAGCGCGUGUUGCUUUUGGUGGUGGAUUCAGGAAUUACAGAGGUUAUGCAGUUGGCAAAGUCAAGAUUGCAUACCCUGUAGAAGGUCUGAGAGCCGGUCCAGUCAUGCAUGGAUCUUCAGAGGAAGGUGGGCAUGUCAGAUUUGUUUGCAACAUUGAAAACUACGACGAAACCACAAAAGCAAUUUGGUACUUUGGCACUCGCCAGUUAACAGCAAGUCACAAAUAUGAAAUCAGCUACUUCAAUGGAGUUGCUAGCAUCUACGUCAAGGAAAUUGAAACAUCUGAUGAUGGUGUCUACAGAUGCAAAGUUGUCAGUCAGGAUGGUGAAGAUAGCACCUAUGGAGAACUCUUCGUUGAAACUGUGAGAUGCUAUCGUGAACACUAUAUCGUACGCUCACUCACAAAGAAGAGAAAGCUUGAUAAGCAAAGACUUAUGCAAAGACCACCAGAGUUCACUCUGCCUCUGUACAACCGCACUGCUUACAUUGGUGAAGAUGUUCGUUUCGGUGUAACCAUAACAGUGCAUCCAGAGCCAACAGUAACAUGGUUGAAGGCUGGACAGAAAAUCAAACGAGAUGAUAAGAAGUACACUUUCAUUAGUGACAAGGGUCUUUAUCAAUUGAUGAUCCACAAUCUUGAACUUGAUGACGAUGCUGAAUAUACUGUUAUGGCCCACAACAAGUUUGGUGAAGAUAGUUGCACUGCACGUCUGACAGUGACACCUCACCCUGUUAGUGAAGACACCAUGAGGCCAAUGUUCAAACGGCUGUUGGCUAACGUGGAGUGUGUAGAGGGCCAUAGUGUCCGUUUUGACUUGAGGGUCUCUGGAACACCUGCACCAACCCUGAAGUGGGAGAAGGAUGGCAGGCCAUUGGAAUUCAACCAACAAAUCGCAGUUGUCCAAGAGGAUGUAGACUAUCACGUUCUGCAUGUCAGAGAAUCUCUUGUUGAGGAUUCAGGUCUUUACAAAGUUACAGCAACAAACUGUGUUGGAUCAGUGUGUUGCCAGGCCACACUAAAGGUGGACCGCAUUACAUAUAAAAGAAGAGUAUAUAAGAGUGAGGCGGAACAACAGAAUUAUGUUCAACAACAAAUUGACAAGACACUGAAAAUGGCACAAUGCCUUUCCACCACUGAAGUUACUGGAUUCAACCAAGCGGCUCAAGAGGCUUUGAAACACGCUGCAGACAUAUACAAGCCAGGAGUGAGCACCAAACACUGCGAGGGUGAAUUUGAUAUCACAGAAGAAAAACCAUUCGUAAAGAUCGAGGAAAGGAAACUUUGCAUGCCAUAUAAAAUUCCUGAGCCACGUGUCCAUGAUGCAAGUGCUCUGGAUGAAGACCUGUUGAUUAAACACUUUGUACCUUUGUCUGACAUGAAGUGGUACAAGAAACUCAGAGAUCAGUACGAAAUGCCUGAGCGGAUGGAGAAGAUUGUACAGAAGAGACAGAAACGCAUUCGUCUCUCCAGGUGGGAGCAAUUCUAUGUAAUGCCCCUUCCUAGAAUUACUGACCAGUAUAGGCCUAGAUGGCGUAUUCCAAAGCUCACACAAGAUGACUUGGAAACAGUAAGACCAGCAAGACGGUCACCUUCUCCUGGAUCAGAGGCAUCCUUCAGAUCAAGAAGACGCUCCCUGGGUGAUAUGAGCGAUGAAGAGCUUCUGCAACCCAUUGAUGAUUACCUCUCAAUGAAGAAAGCUGAAGAGGAAAGGCUCCAACUUGACGAGGAGCUUGAACUUGGCUUCUCUGCCUCCCCACAAAGCAGCCCUGUCCGGUUCGAGUUAUCUGCUCUGCGUCAUGAAGCAAAGAAACAUGUUUCAAGAAGAGAAGUAUCACAAGUAACCGAGCACAAGGUCAAGAGAACAGAAGUUUCACAGUUCAUGAGGAGGAGAAGAUCACUGUCUCCUACAUACAUUGAGCUGAUGCGCCCUGUUUCUGAGCUGAUAAGAGAUCCUCGCCCAUGUCCUCUAGAGCCAGAGGAGAUUGUGGAAAGGAGAUCACCCACCCCUGAGAGGACGCGUCCACACUCCCCCAGCCCCCCAGCUUCAGCUGAGAGAUCCUCCCGCUCAUCCUCAAGAUUUGAGAGGUCAGCCAGAUUCGACAUCAUGUCCAGAUACGAGUCAAGAAAGGCUGCACUGAAAUCUGAGCGCAAGUACCAGACAGUGACCCAAACACCCUUCAGCCUCGACCACGCCCCACGUGUGACCGUGAGAAUGCGUUCCCAUCGCGUCCCAUGUGGUCAGAAUACAAAGUUCACUCUGAAUGUCCAAGCGAAGCCUGAGGCUGAGAUCCAGUGGUUCCACAAUGGACAACUGAUUCAACAAAGUGAGAAGUUCCGCUUCACAAACAUGAGUGGAGUGCUUUCUAUACAGAUCUGUGAUUGUCAGGCAGAGGACAGUGGCACGUACCGUGUUGUUUGCUCAAACUCAAAGGGAGAAGCGUCCGACUAUGGUAUCCUUGAUGUUUCUGAAGGUGAAUUCUCCACAUAUACAUCACGUCGUAAAGAUGAGGAGGCUCCACAACCAUUUGUUCCUGAUAUCACAAAGACAGACCAUUACCACAUAUCAUCCUUCAAGGCAGCUUCCUCCUCAUCAACACACAUGGAGGUGAAGGAAAGUAAAUCAAAGUUAACUGAAACACGUGAAACAUAUGAACGAUAUGAUACAUCUGAACGAUUUGUAUCUGCAUCUGAAAAAUAUGCUGCAUCCGCUAAGUAUGCAUCAACUGAAUAUUUAUCAUCUGCAGCAUCCUUAUCAUCAGCAUCUUCUGGACAGUUUGGAUUGACUGAAAGAUACUUGUUGGGUGAAAGACAUGCAUCGUCUGAAAGAUACGCAUCUUCAGAAACAUAUGCUUCAUCUGAAACAAAAAUUAGGGCUAUGGAGGAGUCAGAAGUUGAGCAAGUGACUGUUCAUAAAGUCAAGUCGACUCUGGCAGCCAGAAUAAUAACUAAACCACAGUCUGUAACAGUUAUUGAGGGAGAGACUGCUCGAUUCACUUGCGACAUUGAUGGCGAACCAGCACCAAGUGUUACAUGGAUGCAUGAGGGACAAGUCGUUGUAUCUUCUCAUCAUCGUAUGGUGUCAACCACGCAGUACAAGUCUACCUUUGAAAUUUCCUCUGUCCAAUCUUCUGAUGAAGGAAGCUACACACUGGUGGUUGAGAAUGCUGAGGGCAGACAAGAGACUCGGUUUAGCCUGACCAUUUUCAGAGCAAUUGUUGAAGAGGAGGUUGUUGUCUCAGUGAAGUCACCAGAGCCUGGAUUCAAGUCUCCUGAACGAGUAGCUUCACCUCCCAGUGUUCCCCCAACCCCUACCUCAUCAAUCAAGUCUCCUGAACCAAUCAUGUCACCCGCUAGGGGGAAGUCGCCAACCCCAUCAAUCAAGUCUCCUGAACCAAUUACUUCGCCUCCAAGGGUGAAGUCCCCUCCCCCAGUCAAGUCUCCUGAGCCAGUCAUGUCGCCAAAGGGAGUGAAAUCACCUCCCAGAGUCAAGUCUCCUGAACCAGUUGUAUCGCCUCCAAGGGUGAAGUCCCCUCCCCGAGUCAAGUCUCCUGAGCCAAUCAUGUCGCCAAAGGGAGUAAAAUCACCUCCCAGAGUCAAGUCUCCUGAACCAGUUGUCUCACCUCCAAGGGUGAAGUCCCCUCCCCCAGCCAAGUCUCCUGAACCAAAAGGAGUGAGGUCACCUCCCCAAGUCAAGUCUCCUGAACCAAAAGGAGUGAAGUCACCUCCCCAAGUCAAGUCUCCUGAACCAAAAGGAGUGAAGUCGCCUCCCCAAGUCAAGUCUCCUGAACCAAUCACUUCACCUAAGAGAAUCAAAUCUCCACUAACUGUGAAAUCCUCAACUCCUAAAGCUCCAAAGAUUGUCCACCAACUCACAGCCGAAAACUCAAAAGACAAAGUGAGAAUGUCCUGUGUAUCUGAAAGCAGCGUGAGAGAAAUUGUGUGGUACAGGAAUGGAGUGAAACUGACACAGAGCAGUCACUAUGAGUUCCACAUGUCUGUGGAUGGACAUUGUUCCCUCAUUAUCAAUGACCUCUCUGAGAAGGACCAGGGAGAAUACUCUUGUGAGCUCAUCGCAGAAGGAGUCUCUGCUAAAUCUUCAUUCUCAUUUGUCGGCCAAGUGUUCCAAUCCAUCUACACUAAAGUCACAGCUUAUGUGCAGCAACACAUGGCCAUGAAAGUGAAAACCAAACAAGUAACAAUGAGUCAAAAAGAGGCAUCUAUGGCUAUGGCAUCCCAUACAAGUUCAGAACAGGUCGUUAAGAAAGAAAUCCACGGAGGAGCUCAGAUGAUGAUGAUGGGGGAGAGUGCUGCUCUUAGUAGCAUGCAAGAAAGCUUCUCUUCCCAAUCAGCCCACAUGGCUUCUUCUUCUAUGCAUCAGGAGACCUCUUUCAGCAGCUCCAGUAUGGCCAGUAUGUCUAGCAUGGCUGCCAUGGCUGCUGAAAUGCAGAUGGAAACCAUGUCUCUAGCUAGCAUGUCUUCUAUGACAUCUUCCCAUACCAUGAGCUCCAGCAGUAUGACUGAAAUGAUGAGUCACUCUCACCUGGAGGGGUCCUCCAUGAGAUCCAUUGCACAGGGUAUGCUAGGUGCAACAGGUGCACCAACAAUUGAAGCUCUCCCAGAGGAUAUAACCAUUGAACUUGGGAAGGUGCUCACCGUAGCCUGUGCUUUCUCCGGAGAGCCCACACCUAACAUCGAAUGGUCCCGCAGUGGAAAAACCCUGCCUGGUGAGGAGCAUGGCGGUAGGUUCCAUAUCGAGACCUCAGAGGACCUCACUACACUCAUCAUCACCAGUGUGAAAGAGGAGGAUGCUGGAGUGUACACCCUCAAACUGUACAAUGACUUUGGAUCUGACACUGCAACAGUAACUGUAAGCAUUCGAUCAUAAAAAAAAACUGUCAGAAUAUUUAUAUCAUCCCCUUUCCCAAUUUCAAUGCUUUUUAUUUAUUAAUUUAACAAAAAAUAAUCUUACUUGAUAAAGACCUGGAUUUCUGUUAUUGUAAAUAUGAACUAUUUUUAUACCAAACAUGACAUUAAUUUAUGCCAAACUAGACUAAAGUCUAAAGUUGUUAUAAAAUGUGCCAUAUUGGAUAAUUAUGACUAGGAUUUUUGAUCCAUUUUUCUGUGACAUGUACAUAAUGUAUAUAGCCGAACUUAACGGUUAUGGAAAAUGUAUGAAUUGUUAUUUAUGACAAUAUUAACUAAAACAAAUGGAACUGAAAUGUUUAAAAGGAGAAAGUUUCGCAUGAAACGAAUACCCUGUUAAACCUGAAACUAAACUAUGUGCCUCAACAAAAAGUUGAAGUCUUAAGAUUUCCUCAACAGGUAGAGAGGCUCCCUGUUGAAGUUUAUACUAAAUCAGAGAGACAAGAUGUUUGACACUGUAUGUUAUUACCUGCAGUGUUAUUAUCAUACUCCUAUGAAUUGUAACAUGAUCAUAAGACCCUGAGUGCUGUUUGCAUAAACCCUCAUGUAAGUAGCACAACUAGGCCUUGUGUUUUGAACUGACUAUGUCAUAACCACCAUUUUAAUGACAUGUUCAACGUGCGAGCGGCCUGCACUUGAGCUGAAAUGUUUUUUUGUGUGCUCUGUUUCUGGCAAAUGACUGCUUGAUAGAUUUUCUGAACAAUAUCAACCUGGCCAUUAACAAUUGAAAGUCCAUCAGGCACUUUUUUUUGCAGAAUCAGAGCCAUCUUUUGGAGGUUUGCUUGAGUGCGUUACUUUUGUGUGUUAGCUUUAGAAUUUCACCUUGUCAGGUGUUAGGGCAAACAUCAAGCAAGUGUACCACAGCGACAACACCUGCUGUGUUAAAAUUUAAAAAAUGUAUUAACUGUUCUGCCCUGCACUUUUGUUUGAUUUAAAUUAGAAUUGUAGAAUUAAAUGCAACCUCCCCUUGAUUUAAUAAAGCAUGAUAUCAGCACUAAAA